GAGGGCGAUGACGUCAGCCGGCUGGAUCCAUCGGGAAUGCGCGCGCUCGCGCCUGGACUGAGCCAGUGAGGGGAGGGGAGGGGGGGUCGCGCGAGUGCGCGUGCUCUGAGCCGCCGCCAUUACUGAAUUGAGGAAAAGCUCUGAAGGAAGAGAGAGAGAGAGGGGGAGCAUCGGCGGAGGCUGGAGCCGGGCGGACGGGAACCAGCUCAGGACUCGGGAAGGAGGACUCACAAAGCAUCGCAGGGAGCUGUCUGUAGGCCGGUGUGGAGGAUGGAAUCCAGGUAAUGGGGAGCCGGGCCCGGGGUCAGCCAUCCAGGCCGAGCCUGACAGGAGCCAGCACCUGGGGAGACAGCCGGGGAGCCAGCACCUGGGGAGACAGCCGGGGAGCCAGCACCUGGGGAGCCGGGGAGCCAGCACCUGGGUAGACAGCCGGGGAGCCAGCACCUGGGGAGACAUAGGGGGAGACAGCCAGGGAGCCAGCACCUGGGGAGACAGCCGGGAAAGCCAGCACCUGGGGAGACAGCCGGGAAAGCCAGCACCUGGGGAGACAGCCGGGGAGCCAGCACCCGGGGAGGGGGACAGCCGGGGAGCCAGCACCCGGGGAGGGGGACAGCCGGGGAGCCAGCACCCGGGGAGGGGGACAGCCGGGGAGCCAGCACCUGGGGAGGGAGACAGGGACAUAGGGCUCCCCAUGGCUGGACUGUUCUGGGGGCUAGGGUGGACUGCUGGGGGUAAGACUGGCUGGACUGCUGGGGGUAAGACUGGCUGGACUGUUCUGGGGGCCAGGGUGGACUGCUGGGGGUAAGACUGGCUGGACUGUUCUGGGGUUGCCCCAAUCUGCGAUCAGAAACCCUACAUACCAGCCAACUGCUGUAAUCAUUUAAAAAAAAAAAAAUUUAAUUUCAUUAGACCCCACUAUAUCCUCCCCCACCCGUUGAUCUCAUAUAAACUAAUCAAAGAGUUAACUAGGCUUUAUCUCUGGUUAAAGUCAGAGGUGACCAAAAGGUACCCCCCCAGCCAUCUAUAUAAGUAGUACAACAACCAUUAUGAUUUUUCAGCAUCAAGCCUGCCAGAGCAUGAUGGGAGGUAGCUUGUGAUCACCACAGUUUUAGGGUGACCCAUCUCUUCUGAUUGGCUCAUUGUGUGGAAGAAAGAUGUGACCCUAACUAAACUUGUUAGAGGGGGUCGUAAAAAUGUUAAGCAAGAUUUGGGGUUUGUUUGAAAUGAAAACUAGGAUGGGAAAUUUUUCCCAUAUAUGCAAUGAGUAAUGUGCCAACAUCUGUUACAUACUAAUGAUGGCCAACAUUUUACACAGCAGCAGUUAUGGACUGGUUGGGGCAAAUGCUGGCUGAGAGUCAUAGGAUAUGCAGUGUCAAUUGAUGGAGUGCGUAGAUAUAGUAUAGAUGCCAUAUGAGGCAUUAACCAAUAGUUGUAAACUACCCACAUAUAUACAGUAAAUAGCAACUGUAUGCUAAAGCUCUUACACCUUGAUAUAUUUUGAUAUAGGCAAAUCUCUGCUUUAGCCAUUUUAGGACUCUUUAAAUGAUAGAUUCAGCAGUGCAAGAUCUUCUGAAUCUCGUACAGUAUUAUCUUAACACACCUACCAAUACUCUUGAAGGUUAAUCGAUCGAUGCACCCACCAGUGUUCAAGCAAGACCAUUCUUUAUAAUUUGAUUAACAUGCAUAACUCACUUAGUCAGCAGAUUCACAGUCCGAUAAUCAAAUAACCUUUAUAAUCCAUUUUAUUUCUUGUAAAUCUGCAACUGAUUGGUGUGCAGUAUUAUGGCAGUUUCUCUAAAUGCAAAGGGUCACAAAAUGAUGUGAAGUUGAAAGUAUCCAUAUCUAAAUUGUUAAAAACCCUCUAUAUGUUAAUCAGGGUGGCAACUGUUUGCCUUCUAUACAUGUGUUUCCGCCUACAUAUGAAUAGAACAAGUUAUCUCGUUUAGACACCCCGGUAGCUGUAUUUUUGUAGUGUUUUUUUUUUUUUUUUUUAAUGUUCCUUUUGAGUUCCACAAAUUCCUGGGAAUGUACAGAUUGAUGACUUUGUGCUCAUAUACUAAAUUUGAACUAUUUUGGCGGUGUUGUAGUAUGUGGUGUGUAGUUGCUGACUGUUCCUUUACAUUGAUUUAGUUGCAGACUUACACUGAAAAGAAAUUGGUCAAAAAACUGAAAGCAAUUUUAUGCUCCACAGGGUUCUCAUUGUGACGAGCUAGCUGCAACACAGGCUGGCAAUAAAUUCUAAAUAAUCACACUUGAAUUAAAGAAAAAGUAAUGUUUCUUUGUGUUUAGUCUCUAUCGAUACAGUUCUGAGCAAAAAAUUUUUGGCAACUUGUAAGGUUCUGGCAACGAACAGGUUAAUAUAAUUUUAGGAACCUUGAAUGCGGUUCUUUUGAUGCGGUCAUCCGCCCAUUUGCUUUCACUUUAGCAAAGCUGGAAGCAGUCAUUGAGAGAUGGCUGGGGUGUGCAUAGAGCGAAAGGGUUGUUAAUCAAUUCCAUUUACAAAUAUAGCCUGCAAUGAAGCUAUUGCAAGUCAGUGGUGCUGAAUAUAAAAUGGCUUUCUUAUUUUAUUUUUAUUUUUUUUACUCUUUUAACCAGGGAAAGUGUAGUUUAAGGUAAAGCAACUUUAAAAUAGAUGUUUUAAUCGUUAGUGCACAAGUCAAGAGAAACGGUUUUGAACUAUCAUCAAACAAUUCGUAUCUCUUUUCUAAUCCAUGCUUAAUUGUUUCACUGUCCUAAUCUUCCUUCCUAUUUUCCAUAGAAUUAUUGUUUGUUGGUUUGUAAUGCUACAUUAUUAACAUUCCCAUCAUUCAUUUAUUUUUAUCACAUCUCCUACACUUCCAAUAAGUCUAACAAAAUAUCUAUCUAAGCUUUGACACAGCAGCAGUUAUGAAUGGUGUUUCCUUUGAUGCUCAGACUGAUUUCAGGCUGUGCAUUCUGGGAAAUGUAGUCCAAAGUAUUAUCAAAGGUUAGUUGUCAGUGCUCUGUCAAUAAUUCAGACAAGCGAGUGUGUUGGAGACCUUGGUGUAAAAGGGAAUUACAGGACGCAGGGGAAUUCCAGUAUAAAAUGACUUUGGCUUGUGACGUGUCUCUGGAAUUGCAUAGUCUGAGAAGAGAAAAGUAAACGAAGUGAAGUGUCAUAUGAGAUAAUGUCUAUACAAGCUAAGGGCUCAUGGUUUAAAGGAAUAGGAGAUAUAGAGCAGAUUUUCACUUGCAGUAUGUUUAUCUGUUUACUUGGGUAAAAGGUUUGUUCUUAAGUCUUUGGAUCUUUAUAAUGUUUAAUCUGUAUUCCACACAGAGAAAAGCAGUAGUCUGUAAGAUAUGCACACACAUGGAUGUUAAAAGCUGUGUUUGAAACACACAUUUAAUGUAUAGAGCUGGUAGUUUUAAUUAGUACACUACUUACUAUCAGAAGUAUGACCUAUGUAGCAUGCUGGUUAACAUGUAUGAUGUUGCAUGUAGUCACAGAAGGGGCAUUAUACUGCUGGAACUGACACUUCACUAAAUUAAAUACAUAAUCUAUUCACAAGCUGUUAUCAUCCAUUUUUAAUGAAAUGUCUAUGUAUUGUGCCAAUUGUAUUGACAUAUAUAUAUAUAGUCAGAAUGAGCUUUUAUGGGAAAUUAACAUUUGGUCAGUUUUCUUUAACAAAGCCUUGCACAUUGUUAGUGAUGGGGGAAUGGCAGAAAUGCAAGUUCUUGUAUGUUGUUAAAUUGUCACAUAGUGCCCUUUUUAUUAUUUACUGCGUUCUACAUCUUAAAGGAAUACUCCAAGCAGCACAACUACUACACGUUGUAGUGAUUAUGGUGUGUGGAGUGCUAUCCCUGAGUUAGUUAGACCCCUUAAGAACAGUUUGACAACUUACCUUUGUCCAGCUGUGUGUCUGCCACCACCUCCGCUACUGCAGAAAGCUCUUGCAAGAAGCUUCCAAUUAGCUCCACUGGAUUGAGAACAUUAGCUGAGAUCUUUCUACCAAUGCGGCCCUCUUAGGCUGUUCUUAAACCACUUGCAAAAGCUUGUAGUUGCAGGGGAGGCAGGGGACACUGGUAAGUUAUGAAACUGUUCUUAAAAAGUUUGGCUACCUAGGGAGGGAACCAAGGCACUCCUGGCACCUUAACCAUGUGAGAGAAAAUUGCCCAGAAGAGCAAUCGUGCAAAGAAUUCUCAUUAAGUUGCAUUUGAAAGUCUGUGAUGGGGAAGCCAGAGUAAGUCUGGGCAGGUUAGCAGGGGAGGGCAUUUAAAGGGACACUAUAGUCACCAAAAAGCUACAGUUUAAUGUAGCUCUGAUGAGUACAGUAAAGUAUAUCCCUGCAGGCCUUUCAGAGAAAAGGCAGUGUUUAUAUUACUGCCUAGGGAUACCUCCAGAGGCAGUCAGAAGGCUAUGGGAAAGCAUUGAUUUGGCUGAGAUGAUCAAUUUUGAUGUCAGCCAAAGAGGUGGAUUGGGGCGGAAUGAGCACCGGCAGACUCACACAGCACUGAAAUAAAGGUAAGUUUCACUGUAUUUAAUAGGUUCAGGAAUACACAUUUGUAUUCUUGAUCCUAUAGUGUUCCUAUAAGGAAUUCAGAAAAGAUAUCGGCAACUUUUGCAAGCUGUUUUUAGAUUGGACAAUUCAGCUAAUAGAAUCUGGCAAAUUUGAUCACGUUAAGGCUUUUUUUAUUUUUAUUUUUUAAAUAUUUUAUUUAUUUUUUACAUGGGUUAGUAAAUCCUCAUCAUACCAGAUAGUACAUAGUUGUAAUUAGUGGAGGAAAAAAGGAUAGAAAAUAGUCACCAUUCUUCAAGAGGGUUGUAAAUAUAAAGAUCAAGAUAGUAAAUAGAAAAACAGCAAAUGACAUAACCCUCUUAUACUGAAGGGAGACUCUAACAGGGGAUUAGUUUUGCUUAUUUGGAGGUUUUUUCUAAAUUCUUGUAUGACAGAGUCGCUAACGUUUCUCUUGUAGGAGAUUGUUUUACCGUGUGUUGGUGUUGAGCACAGCCCCUUAUACUGUUUAGCCAGAAGGUGCUUGUAUAGCAGCACAUAUUUGUGUGCCUGUCAGGCAAAUUCUCCUGCUCAAUCUCACACAGCACAGUGAAUUUGAGCAUCAGGUUAUUACUAUCUCUCCCCAGCUCUGAUUCAUUGACAAUAGAGAAAAUAGUAAGAAGAUAUGGCUGUAUCUCACACAGGCAUGCUUCGAUCAGAAAGACCAACAGGCGGCAAACUCUCUGUGCUAGGUCCCGUGUCUGAGUCACCAUGGCUACCUGGCUUCUUCAAAGCCCCGCAAUAUCAGACCAUAGCACUGGGAGGUAAAACAAUAACUGGGGAUGAUUUAAACCGUAUCAGUGUACUUUGCACUCUCAAUCAAAAGCAGCCAGGUUAAACACAGAGAAAACAUCAUGGGAGUAACAUACUGUCGGAACACAUGAACCUAUUCUAGUGGUCCAUUGGCUUGCUUUAGUAAUAUUUUGCUUACACGUUAUACAAUAACAAAAUAUGAUUCAAAUACUUUUGAUAAAGUCUUCUACAAAACCAAGACAUCAAUUAAAUGCCACAUUAGACAUUUUUGAAAAAGGUUUUCACAUUUUUCUGCACGUUAACGCCUUAAGGACCAGGGCUUUUUUGAUGCAACACAUUUUUGACCAAGUCUUUUCUGGUGUUUUUGCCAUGCAUUCGUUCUACCACAACUUCCCCUUUUCUGUUUAAAGGGAUCGUAUAGUGCCAGGAAAACUAAUCAGUUUUCCUAGCGCUAUAGCAGGGCUUGACAAAUUUGCUUUAACUCUAGGAGCCAGCAAAAACAGUUAGGAGCUAAGUUUUUCAAUGUCAAAAAUAUAAUUCUUAAAGGGACUCUAUAGUCACCAGAACCACUACAGCUUAAUGUAGAUGUUCUCGUGUCUAUAAUCUGUCCCUCCACACUUUUCAAUGUGAAUCCUUCCUUUUCAGAGACAAGGCAUUAUUUAUAUUGUUGCAUAGUAACACUUCUAGUGAAAGUCACUCAGCCUCUGGAGUGCAUCCUGGGUCAGUGCUGCACAGUACGCAGCACCUACGUUUAGCGUCUCCAUGCUCUGCAUAGAGGCACUGAAUGUUCCCCAUAGAGCUGCAUUCAUUCAAUUCAUCUCUCUGAGGAGAUGCUGAUUGCACAGCAUGGCGUUUUGCCACACAUGCGCAAUAGCCUCCCAAUGCUUUCCUAUGGGAAAGCAUUGGAUUGUCUGAGAUCAUCAAGAUUGAUGAUCGCAGUCAUGGAGACAGGACCAGCUGCGGUGAGACCAGCACAGCGUGAUUGAUGGGGGACAAGUAACCUAAACACGCACUCACUGUCACUGCAAUUACAACACACAUUAAGGUGACCACCCAGCCUCCCUACCUGGAGCUGGAGUGGUUUGGCUUUCCCUGGGGUCCAGUGGGGCUUCAGUCAUCUCCCUGCUCUGCUCCAUAGAGCAAUGUUUAGUGAUGCCGGGGCCGGAAUUAUGUCAUAUUCCAACUCCCGUCAUCACUGGAGGUAGCGCGCGAGAGAGCAGAGCAGGGAGGGAUGUCACAGCUCCCUCACGUGCCUGCCAGUCUGUCUCAAUCCUCCAGAAGCUUCCCACCCAUGCGAACACCUCAUCUCUCUAUCAGAUGUCCGGCGGACCUCCCGCAAAUGAUCUCCUUUUAGCUCUCCACUCGGAUGACGACCUUGGGCUGAAUGGGCCAACAAAUCUCAGACGCAAGCACUAAAAUCCUUCUCGACCUGGCGCCUGGGAUUUGUUGAGCCCUUCACUAUAGGGUUAGUAGGGUUCUCUGGAAUGUUUUACAUUGCAGCACUAAGUGCAAAAGGGUCACAGCACCCAGGCUACUUCAAUUAGCUGAAGUGGUCUGGGUGCCUUAAGAGUCCCUUUAAGUGCACCAUCCAUAUUAUAUAUAAUUUUUUUAUCCUUAUAAUUUAAAGGACCACUCUAGGCACCCAGACCACUUCAGCUUAAUGAAGUGGUCUGGGUGCCAGGUCCAGCUAGGCUUAACCCAUUCUUUUAUAAACAUAGCAGUUUCAGAGAAACUGCUAUGUUUAUGAAUGGGUUAAGCCUUCCCACAAUUCCUCUAGCGGCUGUCUCAUUGACAGCCACUAGAGGCGCUUGCGUGCUUCUCACUGUGAAAAUCACAGUGAGAGCACACAAGCGUCCAUAGGAAAGCAUUGAUAAUGCUUUCCUAUGUGACCGGCUGAAUGCGCGCGCAGCCAGCCGCAUGGGAGGAGAAGAGGAGGAGAGCUCCCCGCCCAGCGCUGGAAAAAGAUAAGUUUUUACCCCUUUCCCCCUUCCAGAGCUGGGCAGGAGGGGGACCCUGAGGUUGGGGGCACCCUCAGGGCACUAUAGUGCCAGGAAAACAAGUAUGUUUUCCUGGCACUAUAGUGGUCCUUUAAGGAGAACGAAGGCAUUAAUGCUAUACUAUGUUGGAAGAAAUUUUUUUUUUUUUUAAAUAGUGGGGCAAAAAAUUUUUUCACUGUAUUACAUGCAAUACUUUCUACACACCAAUUGCAAGGAAAGAAAACUCACUCAAAAUAGAUUUGCUUAUUAGUCCUGAUUGUUAACAUGCCCAAUAUGUCUAGGAUUUUAAUUAUUUUUUUUAGACGUUCUAAAACAAAUACUGCAAGGAGUGAAUAUACGGUUUUAAAGCUAAAACUUUUCCAAAUUUGGCACACUGACAUUACAACUUCAAUAAUAGUCACAGAUUCUAAAACUGCUACAAAAAGUAUAUAUUUGUAGAAAGUGCAUCCUUUGGGCUAUGUAAUUAACAGCAUUCUGGCACUUCUCAUUUAACCAUUUUUUUCACAAACCGAAGUCCUAUUAGUCAAUCUUGUGGGUUUUUUUCUACACGUUUUAUUUCUGGGAAAUUCACAGCACAUGCAUGUCCCAUUGCUGCACACACCAUAUUUGUAUUCUGCUAAUGUUCUCAAGUACAAUAAUAAUCCACAAGUAUACCUUUUCCUACCCCUAAUCUAACUGCCAAUCCUAAUUCCACCCCGAUCCCAAUUUAGAAGAUAUUCCCUCUGCUGAUAUCUGUAUUGACAUAAGCAGUGGGAUUUCCUAGCUCACACAGUACAGAGGGCUCUGUGUAGUAUGAGAGGGAGAGCUCACUCACGCACACACAAAUCGAUCCUGGGGAACUGGCAAAGCCCAGCACAGAUCCUAGGGGGAAUGGGGAGAUUACCUCAUGAUCUUUUCAGAUGUCGGGGUUCUCUGAAACUUGGGGACACUGUGCUAGGCUACCAUGGCAUUUUAAGGUCUACAAGCGGCGCUUAUCUUGAGCGCAGCUCAUAGCUCAUCUGUCAGUCUGGGGCCACUAACUCUGACCCCUGUUGUCAGAGGGAAUCUACAGAUAUAAAACCAUACAUAGGGUUACCCUUUUUAUUAACAAUGGAGAUUGUGGCAAUUAAAGAAAUACCUGUGCUAGGCAAUAUCGCUCAUGUUAUUUAUAAAGUUAUGAGCAGUGUUCACAGCUCAUCUGUCACUCUAGUGGACCCACUAAAGAUACCUGGCGGUCCUUAGUCCAGUAGGGAUUUAACCCCUGGGUACCUGCACUGCAUGACGGUCUGUGCCAUCAUUGGGCAUUAAAGUAUUGCACUGCAUGACAUCAUAGGCUGUCAUGUGGUCCUUAACUGAUUAAGUUCACCUUUAACAAGAGUUUCUAAUUAAAAAUUGACUAAUCAAUUACUGAUGCCAGGAGUUAUAAAUUUAUGCAGCCCUAGGCUGUGUUGCUCUUGAUCUACAGCGGGAUUAAAAGUGUUCUGCAUUGCACAUUGGUUUAGUAGCUGCCCUUUGUAAUUUUCCAGGUACAACAUUACUUUAUUUUGUUUGGCAGUGUUUAAAGGAAUACUCAGGCCAUUUACUUUCACUUUGGAUAAACUGGUCUUUAGAAAUUUUUGCGGUCUUAUGCCGUUCUAAGAGUGCUCUGUCACCUAUGCAUUAAUGCACUUGUGUUUUUAGUGUGAUGGAUUAAGGAAGCCAGUCAUGAUCAAUUUAUACAUUUUGACAAUCUUUAUGUAAAUGCAUAAUGGAAUACACCAAUAAAGGCACAGAAAACCAACUGAAACCAGGGAUGUACUUCCAUUGUUCAGCUGAUUAUUCCAGCCAAUGAGCCAGACCCUAUAUGAAAGGGCUUACCACAAUUAAAGCCAACAGGGAGCGGGAAAGGAGGAUGGCGACGGCAACCCAGGAACAUUGUCAAACCUUUUUUGACUACUUGCUGUGGAAUGGCGACAGGGCACUCCUAGCACAAUAAUUAAUACCAUAACGCCAUUCCUCAGCAAGUGACACUUGGAUGUGUAUGUAAUAUUUGUUAACCUGAAAAACUUCCCAUUCUGUCCAAUUGUUUUAAAGUAUGCAGUGUAGUAGUUAUGUCUCAUCUACCCAUUGUAAACAGUCAGUUUGCUAAAGGCUUGACUUCUUACCGGGAUCCUGCUUCCUGCUAUCUGCUGAUAUUGAUUUCAUCACUCAACCAGCGAGCUAAGCCCUGCACUUGUGGUCUUAGCUCAAUGAUGAGAGCUUCUGGCUGCACAGAGGCAGGGAAGUUGGGCAUUGGACAAUUGGCAAACGGUUUGACUAUUUGUGUUGGGGGUGCAUGGGCACUCAUGGCACCUUAAAUACUACAGUAAGCUUUAGCACUUGUGGUGCUUGGAGUGUUCCUUUAAUAUAUGCAAUAUUUUUAAGCCACCUGCAAAGGAAAUAAACCCACCCUACCAAAGUCCUGAAAAGGGACACUAUAGCCACUAGAAAAACUACAGCUUAUUGUAUUUGUUCAGGUUAGUAUAAUCAGUCCCUUCAGGCUUAUUGCAGUAACAAUGUCUUUUAAGAGACAAUCCUGUGUUUACAUUACACCCUAGGGAUGCCUCCACUGGCCACUCCUCAGAUGGCUGCUAGAGGUGCUUCUUGGGGCAGUGCUAUAGAGUGUGACUGACAUUCAGUGUCUCCUUCCUCUGCAUGGAGACACUGAACUUUCCUCAUAGCGAUGCACUGAUUCAAUGUAUCUCUAUGAGGAGAUGCUGUGUUGGCUCUGCCCCUGAUCUGCCACCUUGACAGUCUCAGCCAAUCCAACGCUUUCCUAUGGGAAAGCAUUGUGAUUGGCUCAGAAAACCACUUCUGAUGUCAGCCAAAGAGGAAGAUCAGGGGCAGAGCCAGCACUAGAAGACUUGAAUAAAGGUAAGAUUUUACUAUAUUUAGGGGGGCAAGAUGGUGUUUUUAACACCUGACUCCUUCUUUAUUUUUACUUUGUAUCUUUUCUCAAUUGGAUAAUCCUCUGCAGUUUCUAUGUCUUGCAGGUAUCUUGUUAAGUAGGCACUGCAAUCUGUAUAACACACAAAUCAUGAACUUUAACUAAUCCAUAGACCACUCUAGGGAAUUUUGUGGUCUGGUAAGCUUAAGUAGAAAUCCCAAGCCAUCACAAAAGCCAAAUGAUGAGUCUGGAUUUAGAGUCAAACACAAACCACCUGUUCUAUUUCUGAUGCAUUUUUAAUUGCAUAGAAGCUGCAUCAAAUUCAUAAUGUGCUCAUUUUUUUCAUUUUGAAGGUAUUAAUAAUGCAUCCCCAAAAACAAACCAGAACAUUAAGACAUUUGUAUUCAUUACAUAAGUAAUAUUUACUUUUUAAGAUAAUUCUUGCGAAAAUGGGAGAUAAGUUGGCAGCAACGUUUUAGAUAUAUUCAUGUUGUGAAACACAAGCCUAUAUUCCAAUUAUACUGGCUAGCCAUUAAUCUAUAAUGUGUUAAUUAUCUGCAAACCCUUGCCGUAAAUUUGUUCACAAGCAUAAGUAAAACUAUCUUAUAUUGCUCCAUUGGUAAAGAAUGGAGUUCCCCUACCCUCCAUCUUUCCUCAGGUCUCUUUUUACUGCCACAAAAAUCUUUGCUUAAAUUAUCUGUAUAAUUAGUAAAAUAGUUUAUAAUUCAAGGAUUGACAAACUUUACUAGAUUUCAAGAGUUGGGCACAAAUAUUUAGGUGUCAGUCAACAGUACCACGGUAGGAGUUAUGGCUCCCAGCAAUUGUUGUGUCCUGUAAUUAAGUGCCUGGAGUACUUGCUGUACUGAUAGAUACGGAGAAUUUUACAUGCUCCAUUGGGUUUGGGAUUACGUUUCAAAUUAGUGUUUGGAUUAGGAUUAGAGUCAGUAAGGGAAUUCCUCUGCGGAUAUCAACAGAUUUAAUCAUUCAAACACUAUUUAUAGACUUGGGAUUAAAGGAACACUAUAGUCACCAGAUCAACUACAGUCCAAUGUAGUUGUUCUGGUGAGUAUAGUCCUUCCCUACAGGCUUUUUGUUGUAAGCUUAGUGUUUUCAAAGAAAAUGCAGUGUUUACAUUGCUCCUUAUGGACACCUCCAGAUUGCUAAUGGGUAGCAAGCUACCUAAAUGGUGGUUUUAACACUAUAAGGGCAGGAAAAUACACGAUUAUGUUCCUGACCCUAUAGAGUUUCUUUAAGUUUAGGAUUAAGGUUAAAACUGAGGUUAGGCUUAGAAUUAGGGGUUUGAUUAGGUCUUUUGUUAGAUUUAGGUUUAGAUUUUGGACUUUAUAUUUGGUUUAGGAUUAAAGGUAAACUCUAGGCCUGGAAAACAAAGUGUUUUUUUGUUUGGUUUUUUUUUCCUGGCACUAUAGCUUUCUGUAGUGCCCCUGUAUGCCAAGGCCCUUUAACUUUAAAAAAAUAAAUAAAAAAAACACACACACAAAAAAAACCCCUCUGACACUUACCGAUAUCACUUAGUGCUGGCUUGGGACGCGCUCACAUUAGGACUUCCCCCUUAAGAAAGCAUUAUAUAAUGAUUUCCUAUGGGGUUUCGGGUGACACUGGAUGUCCUAAUGUCCCGGAAGUUCCUCUAAUCUAGUGACAUUUUGGUAAAUGGUAUGCAUUUGAGGGGAUUUAAAUCAUGAAACUGCUACAAUGCCCCAAAAUGUAGAGUAGGCCUAUCAAAUUCAUCAGUGAAAAUUCUUAUUGUAACAAAGGCGUUGCAAAUAAUUGGGGGUAUUGAUUUUAAGCAUACUUUGGGGGUUUGAUCACAGUGGCACAUAGAUUUUAGAAAAUGUAUGGCGUAUAUAAAAAAAAAUAUCACAAACCGUCAAAAAUGGCGGCACACUGAGGCACAAUAUACACCAUAUGAGAUACCAUGGAAUGUCUGUUUUCACAAAUGAUCGGUGUUUGUGGGGUAAUUAUAACUAGAAGUAAUUUCACUGGAGUUAACCCUGCAAGUUAGUUAUUGCAGUUUAUCAAUAACUGCAAUAAUUACAAUUGCAGGGUUAAGGGCACUGGAACAGUGCACUCAGACCACUUCAGUGAUCUGAAGUUGUCUGGGUGCCUGUAGUGUCCCUUUAAGUUGUGCUAAUUAUACACACAGUAUUGUUGCCAACACUGAUAGAUAUAUGAUUUUUUAACAUCUGUAUAUGUCACAUCAAAUUAAAGCCCCCCUUUCCUUUAAAAAACAGUUUAUAUGUGUUUGUGCAGUAAAUUAGAGAUGGAAAUUGCGGUUGAACAAAGAAAGGGCAAAAGUGUAAAAAUUGGUCCUUACAUGCAAAACAAAUAAUGUUGUCCUUAUGGAGUUAAUGUUGUCUAAAUGUUAUAUAAAAUGCUUGUUGCGCUUUAGAACAUGCAUUCCCGUAACUGCUACAUCCGAUUUUCAUCUCUUCUGGUCUUGUUCUUUCGCAUGCCAGUCCCAUUUAUAGAUUGUAAGUUUAAUGACAAGUAAAAAGCUCUUAUAUCAGUUUAUUUUAUGCCUGCCCAUCCCUUGUGUUUUACCCAUUUACAAUAUACUGAGUGUACCCAUUAUUAAAAAUUGAGAGCUAUGCACAUGCUCAAUAUAACUGCAGUCAUACCGCAGAAAUACAUGUGAACGAGGGAACAUCAGGAUUUAAGGAGCACUAUAGUGCCAGGAAAACAAACUUGUUUUCCUGGCACUAUAGGGUUUUUAGGUCCCCCCUCCAGCCCCUUACCUUAAUCCAACGCCAGGCUCCGUCUGCGCUGGUGACCUCUUCUCCCCCUGCCAAUGUCAGCUCCGAAUGGGCAUGCGUGGCCAGUGCCAUGUGCGCAUUCAAACCGCCCAUAGGAAAGCAUUGCUCAAGGUUUUCCUAUGGACAUCCAGCGUGUCCUCAACGCUUAAGCGGCCUCUUGUGGCUGUCAGGGAGACGGCCACUAGAGACUGGAUUAACCCUCAAUGUAAUAGCAGUUUCUCUGAAACUGCUAUGUUUACAGCUGCAGAGUUAAAACUAAGGGGACCUGGCACCCAGACCACUUAAUUGAGCUGAGGUGGUCUGGGUGCAUAUUCUGGUCUUUUAAGAAAGGUAUUGGUAUAAAUUAUACAUUGAACACAUGUCAAGAAGUGCAUAGUUGUGAAUUGUAUUCUCUUUUUAGAUACAUUCUUACUGUUGUAUAAAACUUUGGAAAAGUUUUUGAAAUAGACACUCUGGGUGUUAAAAUGCCCUUGUCAUCACUUUUUUGUUUUCUUAAUUGGAUUUUGGAUUUUCAUUCCUGUUAGAUUAGUAACGAGCACUUGACUGCAUCUUCCAUUGUGUAAAAUUCUUACCAUUUUAAGUUGGAUCAAUUUUGAGUCAUAGUCCUAAAAUGUUUAGCUACUCAACAUGUCUUUCAAAUAACCCUACCUGGAUUUUCAUUUCUUUUUUUUAAUGUGUAAUUUAAAAAAAAAAAUGUUUUUGUGUGUGUGGGGUUUGGUAGUUUAUUGUAGCUCAGCCAUGAGCUAUUCUCCCUGAUAUAUUGUUAUGGCCUAUAAAGUUCAUUUACAAUCUCUCUUAAAGCUCUCCAAAUUUUAUUAGAUUUUUGAUGUGCAGAUCAGGAGUUGUCUGGAAUGAAUAUUAAAAAAAAAAAAUUUUAAAAAUGGAGGAAAGUGACAUUUGCAUUUUUUUUUGACAUGGUAGAUAUUUGCUCUUUUUUUUUUUAACCCCGAUGCUCAUAUCGUGGAGACUCUUAAGACCCUGAUUAAUUUGCCUUUGAGCUGGGUUCACAGUGUAGUGAAAGGCAUACUAGUUGAGUUUUUUAUGAGGUUAAUUUGUCUUUCUCUAAGCAAGUUCCUUAAAGGAACACUAUAUAGAAACAAACCUGCAUUCCUGACACUAGAGUGCUGGUGUGGAUAUUUAGGCGACCUGUCCCACUCAAUCACGCUGAAAGGGUGCGCUUACUUACCUUUUCUGACGCGUCGGGCUCCGCUUCCAUGGCUGAGAUCAGCAAUUGUGAUCUCAGCCAAUCCAAUGCUUUCCCACAGGAGGCUAUUACAAAUGUGCGGCAAAAUGCCACACUGAGUCUAUAAGCAUCUCAUCAGAGAUACAUUCAAUGAAUGCCUCUCUAUGGGGAAUAUUCUGGGUCUCUGUGCAGAGGGUGGAGACACUGAAUGCUAGUGUUGCACACUGUGCAGCACUGGACUAGGAAGCACCUCUAGUGGGCAUCUGAGUGACUGCUACUAGAGAUGUUACUAGGCACCAAUGUAAACACUGCCUUUUCUCUGAACAUUAAAGUGGUGACUAUAGUGCUCUUUUAAGAGUGACAGAGGGAACAAUGGUUAACUGGAAUAGGCCAGCAAGUUGUUUAGAGCUAACCAAACACACUGUGCACCAACAAUAUGAAAUUAAUUGGGAGCCAUUGCAUAGACCGUGAUCUGAAACAGUCUGGAGUUCAUGGUUAGUCGGUUGUUGUUGUUGUUGUUGUUGUUAUUGUUAUUAUUAUUAUUAUUAUUAUUAUUAUUGGCAUUUAUAUAGCUCCAACGUAUCCCACAGCACUUUGCAAUUAAAGAGGUAAAGAAUGCCCUGCUCAAACAAACUUGCAAUCUACAGCUUUAUAUUCAUAACACUAAAGUUUUAAAUUUAUGCCCUUGGGUAUUCCUUUCUUAGCGCAUGCUUGCAUGGCACGGUGUGUUGUGAUUUUGCAUGCUAUACUUUGGCUAUACCUGGACAGUCAGCAAUACACUGUAAAAAAGAAUAGCAUAACUCUCAGCUGGUUUUUAUUUCAAUGUUUGUGCAAAAUCCACUGAAGUUGACCAUUCUGUUGUAAAAUGAUAAUAUAGUAUUAUAAUUUUACAAUUACUAAAACUUAGUGUUAACCGACAUGUUUGUCUAACAGAUCCUCAUUGUAUGGCUGAGUGCUGGAGGUUACUGUUCCAGUAGUUUACUAGCAUCUUACCUUUAAUACAUUUUGGUUAUUAUACUCUGGGUCCCUUUUAAGGAUUGCUGAACCUCUGUGAUUGAGCACUACUUGAUUAGGUAAUAAAGCUGUCGGCAUCAUAAAUAGCCUCUUAUUUCUAUGAGAGAGUCUGACCUCCUGAUCUAGCUGUUAGUCAUCUGGCAGUUAACCAUAUAUUACAGUGCAGUAAGCAGUGGUGUUUAUAGUGCAUUCAAUGUAUUUUUAGUUAUGUGGGUCUACCUCCUUCUUAAGCACUUGUAGUGUAACCUUUUGGUGGUGUUCUUGUUUAACUUAAGAAAUAACACCUCCAAUAGCAGAUUUUCUGAGGACUCUUGGUUUUCAUGCUUCCACUACCUGAAUGAUUCAGAUACUUAAAGGAAAAAUUAUAGUGUCAAUAGUACAGACCUGUAUUCCUGACACUAUAGUGCUGAAGUGGAUUUUUAGGUGAAUUGACCCUUCCCUGUGCAGUAAAAAGGUGAUUUUUUUUUUAGACCGUGAGCUCCAUCCCCCAAUUAUGGUUCUAAGUAGUUUGGCCAAAAACUGGGUAUUCCUGUUCUCCCAUGGGCUAGCCCCAUAGCCAACCAAUGAAUGACUUUUUAGUGUAGACAAAUUCAAUAUUGAUAACGCAGAGGUGUAACUUAUAUACCCCACAAUAGACGUCGGGGAGUCUGAGCUGCCGAUGCCUCAGAGCAGUUUGACCAUGAACUGGGUAAUGGUGUCUGCAGUCAAAAUGGAAUGUAGUAGGUUUGGUGCCUGGGCUGCCCUUUAAUGGCACAUGCUGUAAUGUUGGCAUUUCUCAUUUUGAAUUAAUAUGUAAUUGUGCGUGUAAAAAUGGGGACUACAGUUCAUGCUAGUAUAGUAUAUGCAUACAGAUGAAACACCUACUAUCAGAAUGAGUGGGUUGUUAAGGCAACCGAUGUGCUACCGAUGAAUUGUGUUUUGGAAGUUUGCUCAUUUGUAUACCUCCCACUCAUCCAAAAUUAAUCAGAAUCUAUCUUAUCAACGUGUACAUUUACCAGCCAUGUGACUAAUGGAAUGUGUAGGUGAGGUUCUAGAUGCUUAUACCCAGUCCUCCCAGUUGUUGGUUCACUUCUUGAACCCAUGUCACCACGAGAUAUGAGGUGGGUAAAGGACACCAGUGAGGAUUAUUAAAAAUGCUGCUUAGAGAUGUAAAAAGACUAAACUACAAAAAUCAUGAAUUUACCCAACUUCUUGAAAAUAGUUUAUUGCUGCUUUAAGAAGGAGCUGUCCCUUUACUUAAAGCAGAUCUUUAAGUAACUUUUUUUGUUUGUUACUUUUUUCUUUCUCAAUAUUGGCAUGUUCCAAUCGCCCCACACCCCAAUAAGUUGUAUAUACCCAAAACACUUUUUUGUUUGUAUAACCAGAAGGUUUACAAAGGGUGGAGCAGUCAAGCGCCAAUAGCCUUUGUCAUCUUUUUCAUUAGUUAUACUCGCCUCCUUCCAGCAUAACAUCCUUGGCAUCUGUGUUGACUCUCAUUUGGUUAUGAAAGUCAACAAGGGUUCUUUGAAGGAGGCCUUGAGUUUUUGCGCCAUUUAGCACUUCAGUUUCUCUAAAAGUGCUCUGGCUGACUAUAGUGCCUCUUUAAUAAAAUAAAAAGUAAACCCCUCUAGUGUUCCCUUUUUAACGGGACUACUUUUAUUCUUUUUAAUACAUACAUGCAGUGACUUAAAGGGACACUCCAUUGCCCAAAUACAAAAUAUAUAAAAAUCACUGUUUAGUAGAUAUAUCUCAAUUAUAAUGAAGUCUUUUUUUAUCAUUGGGGUUAUAUCUAAAUACAGCUUGAAAAACCUGCAGUUCUCUCGUCUGCAGCCUUUGCAAACCCUCCCCUUUUAACGUUGCCAAGACUGUUGCUGCCCAAUCACAGACUUCCCAAUGCUGCUCAAUGGGAAGUCUUUGCACGGCAGGUGCUCUGGGCAAUUACUGCCUCUUGAGUUUAGCUCCACUGAGCUAACCAAACCAGGAAGCAACAGAACCUGUUUUCUGUUUGAAAACAGAGGGCGUGUAACCAUUUUAAUUUUAUAAAAGUGUCAAUUUCUAUGAAAGGGACACAUUCUUCACACAUAAUGCUUUUCUGCAAGCUAAAGUACUUUAGGGGUCUGAAGGCCCCUUUAACAGGAAGUCUUCCCGGGUUUUCCAUUAAAUAAAUAUUGUGAUGAUCAAGUUACUUAAAAAGCCAGCAUACCCCUCAGUGAUAUAGAGGCUUAAUGGGGUGCUUCUGCUAGCUAACUAUUGCAUUCAAACGCCACAACUUGCUUGCUAUAGGUUAAAGUUAAGUCUUUACCCAAAAUAAUGAGCAUCUAGUUUUCUUUUCCCCAGAAUAUCUUGUGUAUUUUGUCUUUAGUCUUAAUGCGGUUGUUGAGCUGUCCGCUGAACAAUCAAUGCUGGAAAUAUAUUCAAAUGCAGAUAGAUCUGUUUUGCAUCAGCACAAAUAGGAGAGAAUUAAAAUGGCUGAACGAACAUGAAGCGAUCCAGAGUGAAAUAUGUGGAUUGCUACCCUGGUCAGGCAAGCCGUGCAUUAUGGGAUGUUUUAGAAUGUAGCAUAUUAGGUGCAUAACCUUUCUGUCACAGAAUGAGCUGAAGUGUUCUCAAGAAAAGCCAAGAGGAAGCUGUAUACUGAUGAUUGGGCUGAUUAAACGAAGACUAUGAAAUUCUCUUUCUAAGGUCAUUUGAGUAGCCUGUAGGAACUGCCAAGCACAGGAGAAAAAAAAGCACCUUCUGCAGUUGCUGGGCAGAUUUCUAUUUGCUAUGGGAGACCAACUGCUUUGUUUGCAUCUAAAAAGGAGAGUUACAGCCCUGAAGGCACCUUGUAGGCAGGAUUUGAUGAGUCCAUUGUGGGCCUAAUGAAGUUUAAGCUUAAAACAGAGGCUGUGUGCUCAAAUAGUUAAAUGCUUAAUGACUGCAGCUGGUAUGCAAAUGAACUGGCUGUUUAUACGUCUUCCUACUGUAUCCAUUGAAAACUCAGUGUCUCAGAAACACAAGCUUUUAUACUUGAGUUUAUCUUUACCUAAAGAUGGUAAAGUGUCAGUUUUUUUUUUUAAAUUAUUUUAUACAGUGCUCUAGAAUGAAGAGCAGAAAUGCUAAAUUCAAUUAGAUUGUAGAACAUUUUAAUUGCGUCCCUCAAUAUUACUUUCAAUUCCACAGCGUUUGUCUCAAUGUGUAUCGUUCCCAAAAUAGCACAGUGACUUUCUUAUGCCAUAUGUCGAUUUAAAUAAAGAAAUAACAUAAACCAUGUUAGGUGCUGAGUGAAUGGACGUGUUAUGGUUAUCACAUGCUGUGUGUUAUGGCAAUAUGAGACAUUGCCAUCUAAAAUUAUAUAUACUAUGCACACCAUGUACCCCUAGCUUUUAUGAUGGUUUCUUAAUAUACACAGCCACUUUGCCAUCUAAAUAAUAUAUUAACUAGGUAAGUAAAACUAAUCCUGCAGCACCUUAUGUUCUUUUGAUGGUAAACACAUUUUCAGCAGAAAAAUCAGCUGUGAUAGUAAACACUAAGCCACAUACCUACUGCUGCAGCUUAUUCUAGUGUUUUUUUUUUGGCUUUUGGCUGCGGAUGCAGUUCGCCUUGGUUUUGUAUAACCGUUUCAAGUGGCUGGUGAAAACGGGGGGAUUCUGCAGCAACCUAAGCCACCUGCCCUUCAGCUAUUGAUGUGAUAAUGAGCAAUUACACUUAGUUAUUCAUCCAAAUAUUGGAACAGUGUGAGCACUCAGUGUGUGCUCACAUCUACAAGUAAUAGGAUGUGAAUGCCAGGCUAUGAAAGAAUUAAUCUGUGUUGAGUCCUCAUUUAUCAAAAGUAAGUUAGAAUUUAUUUUAAAAGGAAUUAUAAUCACCAAUUCUUGUAUAGAGCUAUAUUCACUUUAUGCUUGCUGUUUACUUUAGUCAAGUGAGUUCAUUCUGGUGAACGAAAAAGUUUAGCACCCGACAUCUUAUGUUAGGUAUUUAUUUCACUUAGAAAAUAAUUACUGCAAAUCCCUUGCAGUAGCAUAUAUAUGUCUAAAGGGGCACCACAGGUUAGAGUUCAACCUUUUUUCUUCUUAAGGCUGUACUGUCACCUAAAAUUGUUGUGAAAUACUGACAGACUGUGUUGAAAUUACACUGCAAUUCAAAGUAGGGACUAUUAGACCUAACAGAGAGACAAUUUGGUUUGCGCAGUGCAGCGUUUUGCCAUGCUUGCACACAGGCCUCCCAAUGUAGGCUUUGGCUGAGAUCAUGUGCGCUGAUGAUCUCAGCCAAUUAGGCAGAGCACGAUCUGGAGACCAGCACUGAAAGAUAAGCAAUACUUACCAUUCAAACAUCUACAACCUGGGGGAGGGGACACAGACACACCUAAAUAGUUGUCAGGACACUAUAGCGUUAGGAAUACAGGUUUAUAUUGCUAAUGCUAUAGUGUUCCUUUAAAAGUCAUUUUAGUAUGUGUGCUCUCUGGCUGACUGCCACUGGUUCCCCCUCAUAUUCCCCUGCAGUGCAAACACCAUGUUGUUUUAGAUAUCUUCCAGUGGAAAUCGCAGCUGAAAAUACAAUAAAUGUUUAGCUGAAAAUGUGUGAGGAUGUAGCUUAAUAUAUAUUUUUUUUAAGCAAGGUAUUUAGUGACCGUGCCAUUUAAAAUGACUUUAGGCUUCUGUAGUGUAACCUACCCUCCAGAUAAAUUUUGCAUUGCAGAUCAUUGAAAAUAGUCACUUUGCAGGAGUGAUGUCAAACUACAGUAUGGUUAUCUAUAAAAGCUUUCAGACUAUAUCCGAAUAAAAAAAAUUCUGCCAUGAGUACUUUGUUCAGCUUGUCAUUUAAUAUAUAGCAUGGAAAAAGGAUUUUGUGCUCCCUGUAUUUCAGCGUACGGAUUCACCAAUAUAGUGUCUGAAUUGAAUUUGCUUUGAUAAAACCGUGAAAGAAGAUCAGCAGCAGGGUGUUAGGUUUGCUCAUUUUCAAAGCAUCAAUAGGUUUUAUUUUAGGUCCAUAAUCUCUGGACUGAUGGGAUUACAGGUUAAGAAAUAUUAACUUGUUUAAGGUGUUAAGCAUCCAGACUGGAUUCAGUUGCAGUGCUCUGCAGAUGCCCUUAGUGAUUAAUCAAGGAUGUUCCUAUUUGUUUGUGCCAUGCACUUGGUAGAUAAAAUGGGCAUCCAUCAUUUCAGGUUGGACUUGGUCCCUGGACAAUUUAUGUAGGCAAUGCAUUUAAAAUAAUGAGGGGAAAAAACAAUAACAUGUUAAUGUUACAUCAAACUGUGACCUCAUUCAAAUACUGCUCAGCAUUCGUGCUGAGACUCUAUACAAUAAGACUCACAGACAUCCCUUCCUUUCUCAUACACAAUGACACUUCUUGCAAAUACUUCUGUGAAUUAAACACAUAACACUCCAUGCAGAUACAACCGAACAUUCCAACUUACUAUGUACAAAACUACACCCAACUAUCAAACACCGAAUAGAAACAAAAAAGUCAUUUUGGAGAUUUAUUCUGUGCACUAAUUAACUACACAAACUAUUAGUAAGCUGAAAGUUAAGUGAUAUUGUUGGUGAUAUUUGUGUAUACAGAGCUAUGGUUUAACUGAUAAAAUCACCUGAUAAAUCUGUAUCUAAGUGAUGAGUGUGAUUUCAUUGCUUAAUAAACUUCAAAUUUAUGUAGAUAUGAUAUUGAGCACCAAAUUUAUUUCAUUUACAAUAAAAAAUGUGUAUAAAAAUCUCUGAUUUAAUUGUAUGCAGCCAUAUUGGGAGAAUAAAAAAUGCUCCACGCAAUGGCAAAUUAAAUCCAAUAAUGCUAAAAGCGAUCCCUAGUGGUGCAAUGAUCUUACAUGGACCCACGAAAAUCACUUGGGGUCCAUAUGAGACAUUUGCACCAUUAGGGAUCACUUUUGAAUCAUAAAAUAACCUUGGAGCUUUUGGGUUUUUGUUGUUUGUUUUCCUUUGCAACUGUAUUUUCUAAGUAUAAGAGAGGGCAAAUUGGUCAUGAUUUUGCUAUAAAUUGCUUCCUUAACACAGUAGAAUGUAUUAACAAAUAUUGAUGCAUUGUUUGACUAAACACCACCUUAUCUGAUUUCUUACAGAAUACCCACACCCAGCAAUAUGUGAGGAUCAGUUGCUGACCCAAUGGAGGAGGCCACAAGAGUAGUGUCCCGUUGCUUUGGUGUCUAAGAAACUGUUUUUGGAUAUCGUUUGGAAUCUAAGAAUGAAAAAUACACCCGUCUGUCUAAAUGAGCUCAGGAGGGUGAGAGGGGAGUGAUGAUGGCAAAAAAUAAGGAGCCUCGUCCCCCAUCAUAUACCAUUAAUGUGGUAGGAUUGUCUGGAACAGAAAAGGAUAAAGGCAACUGUGGAGUAGGGAAGUCUUGCUUGUGCAACAGAUAUGUCCGCCCAAAGGCUGAUGAAUACUACCCAGAACAUACUUCUGUCCUUAGUACAAUUGACUUUGGAGGACGUGUUGUCAACAAUGAUCACUUUUUGUAUUGGGGUGACGUAACACAGAGUGGUGAGGAUGGGAUUAACUGCAGGCACCACAUAAUUGAGCAGACGGAAUUCAUAGACGAUCAGACUUUUCUCCCCCAUCGAAGUACAAAUCUUCAACCCUAUAUAAAGCGUGCUGCAGCUUCGAAGCUCCAAUCAGCCGAGAAACUCAUGUACAUUUGCACGGACCAACUUGGUUUGGAGCAGGACUUUGAGCAGAAGCAAAUGCCCGAAGGGAAAUUAACAAUAGAUGGUUAUGUGCUAUGCAUUGAUGUCAGCCAAGGAUGCAACCGUAAAUUUGAGGAUCAGCUCAAGUUUGUUAAUAAUCUCUAUGCGCAAGUAGCUAAAGCAAAAAAACCCAUCAUCAUUGCAGCAACAAAAUGUGACGAAUGCGUCGAUCAUUAUUUGAGGGAAGUUCAGGGGUUUGCUUCCAACAAGAAAAACUUAAUGGUUGUGGAAACAUCAGCCCGGAAUAAUAUCAAUGUGGAAACCUGUUUUACAGCGUUGGUUCAAAUGCUGGAUAAAACCAGAAGUAAACCUAAAAUAAUUCCUUACCUGGACGCAUUUAAAACACACAGGCAGCUAGUUGCCUCUGCUACUGACAAAUAUGAGAAGCUUAUUGUGCAAACUGUGCGUGAUUACCAUGCAACAUGGAAAACUAUCAGUAAUAAGUUGAAGAACCACCCGGACUAUGACAACUACAUCAACUUGGAGGGAACAUCGAAGGCCAAAAACACUUUUAACAAACAUAUAGAGCAGCUUAGGCAGGAUCACGUUCGAAAACGAAAAGAAGAGUACCUUAAAACAUUACCAAAAACGCUUAACACAUUAUUACCUAAACUAGACGAAAUUGAAAAUUUAAACUGGGCAGAAGCUUUGCAACUGCUUGAAAAAAGGCCUGACUUCAGCUUGUGGUUUGUUAUGUUGGAUAAAACUCCCUGGGAUCAGUCUGAUCAUAUUGAUAAACUAAAUGACAGAAGAGUUCCUUUUGAUCUGCUCUGCACUUUAGAAGCUGAGAAAGUCUAUCAAAGCCACGUCCAACAACUGGUAUCUGAGAAGAGGAGAGUUGAAAUGAAGGUGAAAUUUAAGAAAACCCUUGAGAAAAUACCAUUUAUUUCUCCUGGACAGCCCUGGGAAGAGGUAAUGUGUUUUGUUCUGGAUGAUGAAGCUUACAAGUUCAUCAAUGAGACAGACCGGGUGGAAGUUUACCGCAAACACCAGAGAGAAAUUAUCGAAAAAGCCAAAGAGGAAUUUCAGGAGAUGCUCUUCGAGCACUCGGAAUUGUUUUAUGACUUGGAUCUCAAUGCCACUCCUAGCACUGAUAAAAUGAGUGAGAUUAACGCUGUCCUUGGGGAAGAACCAAGAUACAAAGCUUUGCAGAAGCUUGCAACAGACAGGGAAUCUCUCCUUCUCAAGCACAUAGGAUUUGUUUAUCAUCCAACUAAAGAAACUUGUCUAAGUGGCCAAAACUGUAUGGACAUUAAGGUAGAACAGGUUCUUGCCAAUAGCCUACUGCAGUCAAAUCUUGGUCGUCUCACCUUGUACCAUGAUGGGGCUAACCUUGAUAAGGUAAAUCUUCUUAUUCUAGGGAAAGAUAGUCUAUCACAGGAGAUGACUAAUGAGAUAAGAACACAGUCGACAGAUGAUGAGUUUGCAUUGGAUGGAAAAAUAUAUGAAUUGGACUUGAGAGCAGUUGAUGCAAAUUCACCAUACCUUUUAAGCCAGUUAUGGACUUUAGGUUUUAAGCCACAUGGUUGUUUCUGUGUUUUUAGCUCAAUAGAAUCUCUUAAUUUUAUUGGGGACUGUAUUGGAAAGAUUCGUGGGGAAGCCCAGUCAAGGAGAGAUAAGGAUAUUCUUAACCUUCCAUUCACUUUAAUUUUGGCUAACCAGCGAGACAGUGCAAGCAAAAAUUUGCCAAUUUUGAGGCAUCAAGGGCAGCAGCUGGCAAAUAAACUUCAGUGUCUAUUUGUAGACAUAUCUCCUGGGACAUGUCCUCGAAAAUUUAACGAGACUCAGAUAAAGCAAGCAUUAAGAGGAGUACUGGAGUCUGUCAAACACAAUUUUGACAUUAGCAGUCCAGUUCCCACUAUUAAAGAACUUUCAGAAGCAGACUUGAGGAUAGUGAUGUGUGGGAUGUGUGGAGAUCCCUUCAGUGUAGAUCUUAUCCUUUCUCCAUUUCUUGAGUCCCGGACGUGUAGUGCUGCUCAGCCAGGUCAAAAUAACUCCCUGAUGCUUGACAAAAUUAUUGGUGAAACACGGAGGAGGAUACAGAUAACCAUAUUAUCAUAUCACUCCUCUAUUGGAGUGAGAAAAGAUGAACUUGUUCAUGGAUACAUUCUGGUUUAUUCUGCUAGACGCAAGGCCUCUAUGGGAAUGCUCCGUGCGUUUCUUUCAGAGAUACAGGACACCAUUCCUGUCCAGUUGGUAGCCGUAACAGACAGCCAAGCAGACUUCUUUGAAAAUGAGGCUAUUAAAGAACUAAUGACGGAAGGGGAACAUAUAGCAACUGAAAUUUCAGCAAAAUUCACUGCCCUGUAUUCACUGUCUCAGUACCAUCGCCAAACAGAGGUUUUUACACCAUUCUUUAGUGAUGUUUUAGAAAAGAAGACCUCAAUUGAGAACUCUUACUUAGCUGAAAACAGUAGAGAGGCAAAUCCGCAAUGUGAAGAGGUUUUCCUUCAUUCACCGCGUGGAAACUCUCCAGCUUAUGGCUGCUAUCCAGAUUCAGAAGAUGAUACAGAAGCCCCUCCUCCCUACAGCCCUAUCGGGGAUGAUGUCCAGCUGUUGCCAAAGUGUAAUUUGGACAAUGAAGGAAAUGAAUAUCCCAUACACAGUACUCCACUUAACUGUCAUGACCACGAGCGUAACCAUAAAGUGCCUCCUCCGAUCCGACCUAAGCCAGCUGGACCCAAGUCAAAAGUGAAUAGACUUGACCCAAACCUGGUUAAAACAAUAGAAGCUGGCAUCAGUAAAACCCCCAAGAAGCCACAUUCCCGCUUCCCUAUGUCACACCCUGAUGACUUAGACCCUUCAGAUAACUACGCAGAACCAGUUGACACAAUACUUAAACCCAAAGAUUUUGCUAAUGAUAUCUACGCAGUACCUGACGACAGCCAGAACCACACUAUUAAAAUGCGCCACCUUUUUGUUAAUGUACCAGGAGAUGAAGAAAAUGGCGUUUCAGACAGGGCGUCCAGGAACCAGACUGAACGGAGACCUUCAAAAUAUAAAUAUAGAUCAAAGACUUUAUUCAGCAAGGCCAAAUUGUACUCCUACAGGCGAGCAAAUUCUGAUGCAAGUGAUGAGGAAGCACUUACCAUGCCUGGAAAAGACCGGAAACGUAAACCAAAGCACAGGCCUAGUGAGGAGGACCCUUUACUCUCUCCUGUUGAUACCUGGAAGGGGGGCAUUGACAACCCAGCCAUAACUUCUGACCAAGAGCUAGAAGAGAAGAAAACAAAGAAAAAGCCACCAAAAGAAGACAAGAAGGUAAUUAUUUGUGUAUUUCAUAUUAUCUUAAACGCAGUAGCAUAGAUUGAAAAGAACAGUGGCAUCUCUAGUGAUGGUGUCAUCCAGUGUGGUAGCUUAUGACAUCAGCACCCCCUUCCCAAUUUACCUAUAUUAAUGUUUUGUUUAAUGUUACCUACAAAUUGUAAUUCCUAAAUAUCUUUAAAUGUAAUGGAGCAGACUGGGGAGGUAGAGCAACAAAGUACUAGCUAUGUUGACUGUCACCCCUUGUGAUUGUUUCAUCCAGUGUGGUCUGCACCCCAAAGUGACGACAUGAGUUAAGACUCAAUUGUCAACUUUCCUCACAUCCCUUUAUAAAGUGAUUGUCAAAGUUAAAACUGAAGGAAGCAACAGGGUUAUGUGUAUAAAGUAAUGGAUUUAUGCCAUUGUUUUAUGGUAUAAAACAGGGCUUGACAAAUUUGCUUGGAAUCUAGGAGCCAUCUAAAAAAAAAUUAGGUGCCAGAUUUUCGCCAGCACGAUGUGGGGAAAAGAGGGAGUAAAAACACCGUACCCAUGUGAUUAAAGGGGGGCAGGCCAACUUAACAAACGCACUCACUGAAAGACACACACACAUUGAUUUAAUACAUUCACUGACAGACACACUGAUUUGAUACUGACACACACUCACAAAUUAUAACUUUUUUUACUUUAAUUUAAAUCCACCCAGCCUUCCUACAUUUGGGAGAAAUUGAGUGGAACAGCUUUUCCUGGGGUCCAAUUUCUAAUCUCCCUACUGUGCUCCCUAUAGAGCUGUUUAGUGAUGCAGAACCGGAGUGACUAACCCAGCAUCUCUGGAGGGCGUGAAAGGGAGUAGAGCAGGGAGAUUAUCAGUUCCCUCGUGUCCGCUGCCUCACUGCCAACUGCUUUCCCGCUUGCUCUCCUCCCUCUCCUCUCCAUUAGCCGACUGAUUGCCUGCCUGAGUUGUCAGUUAGCCUCCCACCUGCCUGCCUCAGCGCAUCGUGAGCGGAUUUGUUUUUGUUUUUUUUUGUUUUUUUGCUAGCCUCAAAUCUCAGGCAUCCGGUCAUCUUGGUUUUUUGUGCACCAAAAUAAUCCAUCUUCUGACACUUUUAUUACCCUCUUGGAUUUUUUUGCUUUUAUUUUCUGAGAAUUUUACAAUUUAUUACAUUUGCAAAAUAAACAGUCAAAUUAGUAAAUACUAUGUACAUUUACAAUUUGAUACAAGAAUAUGAAAGCGGUCAACCAGUCACAACAAAUGAAAUGGAGGGGGCGGAGCCUGGCAGCGCAACUGAAUAGACGCCAUUUUCAUAGCUCCGAGCGCUGAUCAGCCUAAUCUCUAAAAUAUCACCUGCAUCCGAGCCAAACCGCCUGCACAGAGGGCAGAGUUCGACAGAGCUAACCGCCCUGAAUCUGCCGAUGCCUUUUUUACACACCCCGGGCAAGAAAUACCAGACUCGCGGCACCAAGGCCUACCGCGCCAUCAAACACUCCCCGGCAGCAUACGGAGGUCCACUAGACCUUCUACCUUGGCUAACAGGUAAUAUGGGGAGGAAAACCCCGAAACCGCCUGCUCCCAUGCCCAAGACACAGCAAAACAUAAGUCAAAUGCUGCAAUACACGGCGCCAGCGACAAUUUCACCGGCGCAGGAGGCCUCACUUACCCGGGAGCCUUCAUUCGCACGAGACAGCGACGAGACCGCGCAUCAAAGCCUGAAGCCGAUACAAAGAGAACCACCCAGCCCAAAGGAGACAGAAGCUCCGGCUACAAAACGGGAGCUUAGAGAAAUGCUCACUGGUCUCCAAAAUAACCUUAGGGCAAUGUGGGAGGCGGACCUGGCAGCUCUCACGACCGAAGUACAGGCCGUGAAAAGGCGCACACAGACAACUGAAAGGAAUGUGACAGACCUGCAACAAGGCCUCAAAGAACUGAGCGAUAAAGUACAAGGUAUCCAGACUACACAAGCUGAAACAAACAAGCAGGUGCUCAUCCUGGAUGACAGGGGCAGAAGAAAGAACAUAAAGGUGAGGGGAGUAUCAGAAACUAUACCCCUAGAAGAAUUACCGCACUUCAUUAGAAGGCUAGUGUCGGCACUACUAUCAACAAGAGAGGCUAAAUACCUCUCCUUUGAUGGGGCAUACCGAAUAUCCAAAUCCCCAAGAGCCCCUGCAACCGCACUACGAGACAUUAUUCUCAGGUGUCAAACAAUGUCCAACAAAUUAAGCCUGCUAGCAGCGAUAAAAGGGAAGACGCCAUACGAAUUUGAGAACUGUAAAAUCUCGUUCUUCCAAGACCUAAGCAGGGCUACGCUACAGUGGCGGAAAACCAUGCAGCCCCUCACGAAAGCGGGCCUGACCUACAGAUGGGCGACACCGCACACUCUAUGGAUCACUAAAGAAGGAAAGUUCUACAAAGCUACGGACCCAGCAGACAUUCCCGCAAUACUGGCAGCACUGGACUUACAACCACAACGGGGCCUCGAACACGCAUCACCGGACACACAACCUCUACUGGACACUGACUCAGAUACGUCCUCAUCCGACAUUAGAAGAGACAGGAGGCCAAAGACUUGAAUUAAUCAACACACCUGAGUACCUCAAGUUAUAGGGACAUUCGAGAGACUUUCCUAGCUAUGCCAUGACUUUUAAUUUUUUUUUUUUUGUUGUUGUUCUGUUUCUGUUUAUGCAAAUCAACACACAAAUUCUUAGCUGCGCACAGAGAUUCAAGGGCACACACAGCGCCCACAGCACGCCCAGGGACUUUCUCCCCCCCCCUCCCUAUCACACCCAACAUGCCAGAGAGACACGACAAGGGGACAAGGGACCACACAAGGAAGAGGGCCACACACUAAAACUAGGGUCAAGAGCAACUAUCACAUAGGGCUGACAACACAUAGGAACCAAUGCGCCUCAGAUCCAUAAGCACCCAAGAGAAACAAACUCGCAAACCUCACUGGCAUAUAUACUACGAGACGUCACACAUAGCGGGAGUUUAACAACCCAUACACUGACUAACUCGUUACAACCCAACAGACUACCACACUAUUAAAAAUGUGCAACAUGAUACCCAGCCAAUGUCUUCAUAUGUGAUAUGUACACCUGUGCCAGACUAGAUAGUAAAACUUAUGUAUCAAGACUUAAACGCAAAAUGUAUGUAUGAUACAUGCUAACAUGCACCAAAAAUAAAGAAUUAUAAAAAAAAAAAAAAAAUGAAAUGGACAUGGUAAGGAAUAAUUUGGUGCAAAUAAGGGAAUAAUUAGGCAGUUAUAGGGAAAAUACCAGGAAACAAAACAAAAACUGCGUGCAGUCCUUUAAUACGUUGCUUAACCUCCAAUGCGUUUUGUAGAAGUUAAGUGAAGGGAUAUUGGUGAGCUUACAUUUCUGAGUUAAAAUAUUCUAUAGGGAGGUAGAAGUAGUGAUUGACCUGAAUGUUGGAAGCCAGUUAGGUUUAGGGAUCCAGAUAUAAAGUACUUAGUAGUGGUUUCCAAAUCUGUCCAUCUAUUACUUCAUGGUGGCUCAUGUCUUUACUGUGUCAGCGUUAAUUUCAUUUAUUGGUGGCAUUUUUGGAAAUGAGUUAGGAAUAGGCACCCUAAUUUAUUAAUUGGAUAACAGGUGGCCUAUUUUGUGGAAUGCAAAAAAAUAACAUUUUGGAUUGAAAAACCUUGUAGCCUGGAGAUUGCUAAGGGGAAAGGAUCUGACUGAAAUGAUAUGCCUUUUUAUACACCUGGCAUUCACAGAACCUUGACAGUUCAGUUCAAAUAUAUGACAAACAAUUUAAAAACAUUUUAAGUAAUGAGAAAAAAGAAAAAUAAUUAAGCUGCGUGUAUAAGAUUUCAUAAUGCAUAAAUUAAACGUUCUUGUGGGGGACAAGUCUGUUUUAAAUGACUGAAAGGACAAAUUUAGAUUUUGUUUGCAGCGUGCUACAUGUAAUACAUUUGUCUGUUGCUAAAGUAUUUAUAGCAGGGAAGGUUCCUCAUGUCUUUGGGAAGUGAAAGCACUGAUACACAGAACUUUCUUCCCUUUUUUUUGUUCUGGCCAUUAACCUCUUUUGCACACACUGCAAAUUUGAAAUUAUUUUCUAGCUUUUCAUUUCCUGGACUAGAAUUAUAUCUCACACUUGUCCAGCCAUUUCUCAUCUGCCAUGGAUACUGGAGGAUAUGCAGUACUUAUGUAUAUACCACCUUACAUUAUUAUGUAACAUUCCACAAUCUCAAAGGAUCUACCAUAGAUCCCAUACUGAACAAAACAAUUUAAUAGGAAUGCCAGCUCGUGGCUGACAAAGCCACCAUGAGUUAAAGCAAAAUGUCAGAGGAAAGAUGCCACUUACAAAUGGUAUAUGUAGGGCUAUUCUGCCUCCCAUGGCAUUCUCCACUCAGGUUGGCACACAUACAGAAUGAGUAGCACUUCAACAUGGCACAAAGGGUGCUUAAACUGGCUUUUAUGAGUCGUUAUAGAGCGAACGAAGAGAAAGAAAAAUCAACUUAGACUAUGUAGAACCCAACAAAGUUAGGACUACUAGUACAAAGAGAUUAAUACAGUACCUAAUGGAGACUCCAGGGGCUUAACCCCAGGUUGUAUAUAAAAAGAAAAAAUUCUUUUUACUACUUCUUUAUAUUUUUUUUGCUAUACAGCAUGAUUCACUAUCAUUACAUUAUAGUAGUCUUUUCUUUACAAUGUAUGAUUAUGUAUUAAUUUUGUUUGUUUAUUUAUUUUUGAUUUAUGUUGCCUUUCUCCUUACCUUUUUGGACCAUUAGUUUGAUCCUAUUCUGCUUGCCUUAACACUUGAGCAUACCCCUCUAUAUUAUUGAGAUCCAUUAGACAUCUAAUUCUUAAAUCUAAAGUACCAAAUAGGGGUAAAUUUAGUCAUUUAUUUACUAUUAUUAUUCCCUAUUUGGGAAGGACAAAUAUAUGUAUAUACUUGUCUAUAUUGUGUAUACUUUGAGUGGCUAUAAAUACUAAAUAUUAACUAUAGUAUUUCCUUUAGUUCAAUUUAUCUAUGGGAUUCAUUCUUAAUGUAUGAAUAAAUAGAUGAUGACAUUACUCUAUAUUCAGAAGGUUGAGUUCACCAUAGGAGCAUUUAACAAUGACAAUAAUGAUAUAGAGAUACCUUGUAUCAAAUACUAUUCGAUGAAUCUUAUUGUUUAAAAUUCUCCUAUAUUUAGAUAUAUAUUGGGUAAUUUAUGUACAUCUAUAUACUGUGUCUACACAUCUAUGUUAUUGGUUGACAUCGCUUUUCCUGAGCUGUUACAACCGGCAGUAUGUGUUACAUACUAUCUCUCCGAUUACCGAGGGAAAAGGGGAGGAGUUGUGUUUUGACGGACGGUUCAUGUCCGUCCCACUCCUGCCGACGAAAUCUACCCGAUCGGUUUACGCGGGAAAUGUUUAGCCACACCCCAUAUGAAGUGGACGAUACCUAUUAGAUAAUGGAUCUCUUACAAAGGGUAUUUAAAGCUCGGGAUGAGCAGUCUCGGAUUUGCCUCUGACGAAGGUGAUAUCAACAGCACUGAAACGCGCGUCAGGCGUGUUUAUUGUCCGUUCUUUUUGGACAUCACUGUUUGCUCACUUAUUUCACUACACCGGAAUGAUUUGAGGACACUUGUAUAUAUGUUUAAUAGAUAACUAUUUUGUUCCCUUUUUUUGCUUUACCACUUUUAGCUGGUUAGUAGAUAUAAUAGAUACAUUUAUACUUUGUUGCCAUUUGGUCUGCUACUUAGUUUUUUUCAUCUUUAUGCUACUUUUUUAUAUGCAAAGAUAUACUAACUUAUUUUGUUAAUUAUCAUCUAGCUGGUUAUUAGACAUAGACAUAGCCAGCAUAUAACCAUCAUCUGGAUUGAUAUAUAAUUAACUUUGCCAUUUCUAUGCUAUGUUCUUUCUAUAUGUAUAUACCUAUAUCCUAACCUGCUCUGUCUAUAGAUAUGCCGUGGGCACUCUAAGCUCCACGAUAUCUAUUUCCUCCUAUUUAUUUUAUAUUUGAGAUUAUAAAUUUAUAUCUCUUUGAGGAUUUAUAUAGUGACAUUUACAUUUACAUUUGAGACUAUACAUUCAUAUCUCUUUGAGGAUUUAUACAGUGGUAUUUGCAUGGGAUUUAUACUCCUAUAUUUGUUCCCUCCCCUAUUGAUAUUGAGGCAUUGGCUACAUGAGAAAACAUCCUUUGAGCACUAUUGAUUAAAGCUCUGUUUUGGUGUUUUAUAUCCUCAUAUAUCUAUAUAUUGGGGCAUUGGGAUAGACCUUAUCUAUCUAAUUUUUUUUCCUUUUGAUCACAAGGAGAUAUACUUUAUCAAUUUAUGUUUAUGUGACUACUUUAUGAUUUUCUCCAGAUUAAUACAGUUGGAUACACCCGUUUUGCUUUUUUUGCGGCUGUAUCUCUCUGUAUUUUCAUUUUUUCUUUUCGUUAUAGAGCGAGCCUUUUCUAGACUAAGCUUCCCUCAAGUCACAUUUAUUGUCUUCAUUCCUUUCAUUGUAUAUACUAUACAUUAGGUGCUUUGUUUGUUUUGAAAAGAUAGGUUUGCAUCUGGUAAAUCAACGAAUAAAAACAAGAGUAUGUGUUUUAUUUUUUAUUUUAUUUUUUACUCUCUUCAGUUAAAUAACUAUCUUUUUGUAUUGUCUACUUUAGUUUAGAAGGUCAACUCUUAUGAUUGUACUAUUUCUAUCCCAGACGUAAAACCUAAUACAGAAGUAUUGAGGUCCAAUUAUGAUAUAGCCUGUGCAAUGACGAGACAUGCAAAGGGAAAGGUCUUAUCUCUCUGACCUAGAAGAAGUAGCUGGUUGUAGUGGUUAUGGUACUUGGAGUGUUCCUUUUAAGACAUUUUUAAAAGUUUGUGUUCAGAUUUUCUGUAGACCAGUUCUCUGGAAUAGAUAGAUGAUACAUGCAGUCGUCUCAGAAAUGGCAAACAUUAGAGUGGUAUGCUUCAUACAGAAACAUUUAGUUGGACCGUUUUCACUUACUCAGAGAGCAUGCACGGGGAGGAGAGGUAAUUGGGAAGUACAGAAAAAUGAGGAAUAUUGGGAAAUUUAUAUAGAUGGAGAUGGCAAGGAAGGGAGAUGAAGGCUUUCUCUUGCUGGCGCGCUGACAACAAAUGUUAUUUUUGCACAGAUUUUACAUUAAACAGUUCUUCUCUGCCCAAGUCACGUGUGCGGGGAUGUAAGUAGCCUCCGGCAUAAAAGUGCAUAUUAUUCUGUAAGAGCAGCGUUUAAAGCAGAAUGCUGCCCUUUCAGAAUCCUACCAGCAUGACCACUUCUAAAAGCAGAACAGUGGCUAUGCAGUUUGGAGUUGCCACAGUCCUGUUUUAGAGAAUGUCCGUUAUUUUGGUAAUGCAAAUGCGUAUAAGUGUAACAUGGUCAGUGAGGAUGCUUUGCAAGUGUGUUUGGUGAUAUCUGUUGAUCAUAAAAAAUCUUGCUUGUGGGUUGUGACUUGAUAACGAACGAUUAUAAUUCAAGUGAGCCUUCAGAUACCCUUGUAAAGCAAUCUUGCUUCACUAGCAUAUAAACCUGUAGUCUGCUGGGCAGUGAUCAAUAUCACUAUUAUCACUCCUUAUCACUAUUUUGGACAGUACUCCCAUUAAAGAACAUGUCUGAUUUAUUUUUUUAAGGAAGAUAUAAAUAAUUUUUUAUACUGAAGUAUGAUGCAUGUGUUACUGCUAACUCCACUGUCUUCACGAUUCUUAACAUGUUAAGCAACCUUUUAUAUCAGACAGUUUAUGCUUGCUAAUUUAUGCUUGCUAAUUAUUGCCUUUAAUAGUAAGCAGAAUUGAAGGAGAAAAAUAAAACUGCAAAAUUGACUUAUUGUACACAGAAGUGGACUUGGUAUAUGGGUAUAGCUAUUUAUAUGCCUUGAAUGCUGUCCUUCCUAAUAAUUGUGUUGAAUCUUUACAUUUUUUUGUGAAUAAGAUUUUUAUUUUGUUUUUCAAGUAAGAGGUAACAGUGAGACUCGCAGGUCUCUUUAGUCAUAUCUUUAUACGUCUCAUAGUAAAGAAGGCAUUGGUACAUUUGGUGGUGCUAUCCCGUGUACCUCCUGUUGGUGGUAUUCUGUUGGGCUUGUGUGUCCGUGUGUAUUGGUCUUGUUAGCUUGUGUGUAGCGUUGGGGGUGCGGGGGGUAUCCGGGUCGAGUUGUCUGGGGAGGGUGCGUCUCUGUCUGGGUUAUGUCUGUCCAUUUCGUCUCUUAGUUUAUCGGUCUAUGCGGCCUCGCCACCUCGUCUACGUGUCAUAUUUGAGUCUAUUUGUGAAUUUUGCCUUGGUAGUAGUCAGUAUCCAGUGGGUCCAUAUUUCCAUAUACCUGUCUGGGGAAUUGGAUGUGUUCAUGAUGAGUUCCUCUAUGGCUCGGAGUUCUUCCAUUUGGGUGAACCAAGUUGUCAACAGGGGCGUUAUUGUUUGCUUCCAGAAUUGAGGGAUCACUUGUUUGGCAACAUUUAAGAUUCUAAUGGUUAGUGAGUGUUUGUAUCGGGAUCUAGGCGAUUUUGUGUGGUGUAGGAGCAUGUUUUCAGGGAGGAAGGGAGGUGGUGUGACUGAGAAGGUAUUGAGGAAGCCGUGUAUGCCCUGCCAGAAGGGCUGUAUGGCCUCGCACUCCCACCAUAGGUGCGGUACCAGUUCGUCAGCAGUUUGAACACAGUUUCCUGCGUCCUGCUGAAGACUGAGCAGUGAUGCGUUAAGUAACAUAUUUUCUCCCAGUCUCCGUCAGUGAAAGUUUUCCCUAGUGUUUGUUCCCAUCUCCCCAUAAAUUUGGGUUUCUCCGUUGGAGUCUCCCUCUGUAGCAUGGAGUAAAUAAGUGAGAUCCCGUGCGGUUGUGGGUCUGGGUCCAUACACAUUCUUUCGAAUGUGGUGGGGUCCCGUUUCCGUGCUAUGCCCCCAGGGAGAGUAUGAACGUAGCUCUGUAGCUGUCUGUGUUUUAGGUGGUGUAGGAGGGUGGUGAGUAAAAGAAUGGAGAAAGAAGGGAGAGCACCUAGGUGCCAAAAUCCCAACCAGAGUGUGUAUGCAGAACUUAGUAGGGGGUAACCCUUGUAUAUAUACAGUUAUGCUAAGAAAAUAUGUGAUCCCGAGCUACAGUAGCAACAGGAGCACUUUGAAAGAAAGUUCUGCAGGAAAUAUGCUUAUCUAAAAUAAUAUCCUUAAAAUAACUUUAUUGAGGGUAUCUACUACAAAAGUAUGAUCCCAAAUAGGAAAAAAUGAUAUAAAUGAAACUUAAUACACCAUAACAACUAGAAAAAUUGAAUAUAUACAUAAGGAGUGAUGGACUCAAUCUUUAAAUCUGGAAAUAGAGCUGGAGAGGUAGAAACCUAUAAUCUAGAUGUCUCUACAGAGCAGCCUUAAAUAGAAAACUGUCCUAGAUAUAGACAGGUUAAAUCCAAAAGAUAGUAGUGACCUCUAAGAUAAAAUCCAAAUUUGGGAGUACUGUAAACUCUUAUCCUUGUGGUCAAGUAGACUAAAAUGCAGAAUAUGUCUGUAUCUGUCAAGUUGCCAACUGGGAGCUUAGAUACUGAAACUGUAUCAAUUAAAUAAUAACUUCAAAGGGGAAACAGAAACAAAGUAUCCCCUCUACUUGAAAACAAGCAAGUGGUUGCAAUAAGCACAGCUAUUGCCUGCAAAAGCCAGGCUUUCUAUUAGAAACCUAAAAUGCUGUCUGCUGCCACUAAUGGUGUAUUACACUCCCAGCUGAUCCUGUAAGAGAAAAAAGAUUCUACACUCUUAGGGUGGUGGUAGACCCCUCGAAUAGGGUUGGGAGUGUUUUGCAAUUAGUUCCGUCCAGGAGGUGGUGUAGUCUAGGUGUCUUGUGUCGGAGCAGGUCUCUGAAUGCAAUGGUGUCUAGUCCCGGUGGGAAACGGUCGUUUGUAGGGGCGGACGGGGACGGCGCUAGUCCGCAUUUUUGCUACUCUUCCCCACUCAUGUAGUGUUGCAUUUGUGUAGGGUGAGCCCUGUCCACCGGUCCCUCCGCUCCUCUGCCAUGGUAGAGUGGACAGCGGUUUCCCUGCUUCUGUUUCCUCUCUUUCUUUCUAUCUCUUGAACACUCUCUCUCUUUUGUCCACUCCAUAAUUCUUUGGAGGUGGCAGGAUUCAUAGUACAGGGUUAAGUCUGGCAUGGCCAGUCCUUCCCUGUCUUUGGGUAGCGUCAGUGCAGUCAUCUUAACUCUCGGUCUCCUGUGGUCCCAUACGUAUUUCCCCGUUGCCUGUCUCAUGGUCUGAAAAAAUGAUCUGGGGAUGGUUAUGGGUAGGGCUUGCAUGAGGUAUAGCAGGAGUGGGAGCAGGUUCAUUUUUAUUACCUGGAUCCUGCCUAGCCAUGAUAUGUGUGGGUACGCCCAAUCCGACAGGUCUUUCCGGAAUCUAUCUAGCAGGGGGGGAUAAAAUUUUCUCUGAAUAGGUCCUUUUCCCUCUUCGUCAACCAUGUGCCUAGGUACUGUAUCUUGUGUUGCGCCCAUUGGAAUGUGUGGCUCUGUGUUCGGGUAUACUAAAGUUCAAGAUAUAGGAUUUUGUGAAGUUGAUUUUAAGGUUGGAUAUCUCCCGAAGGUCCUGAAGGCCUUCAGGAUAUUCGGGAGUGAGAUCUCUGGGUUGGUGACGAAGAAAAGGAGGUCGUUGGCGUAUGCCGCAACCUUGUGUUGCGUGUCUCCCUUUCCAAUACCCCUAAUAGCUGUGUUGUGUCGUAUGUGUGUGUCAGAAAGGGCUUGAGUGUCAGCACAAAGAGCAGGGGUGAUAGAGGGCAUCCCUGCCUUGUGCCGUUGUUAAUGGGGGAUUCAUUUGUCAGGGCUCCAUUUACGAUAACGUGGGCGGUGGGCCCAUUGUACAAUGCCUCUACCCAUCUCAUGAAGUGCGGUUCUGUCAGGUGGCUGUCGGUCUGCUUUUUAAGGAUGGUGCCCUGGCGGAUGAAGUGUCGGCAAAUUACGCUUUUGUGGGCCUCCCAUCUAAUGGUCGGCGAGGUUUGUUCGCCAGUGUUCGUCUCACAGUAAUCUUUGAGCGCUUCCUUGAUAUCGGUUGUGAAGUCGGGUCUGGUUAGGAGAUAUUCAUUUAGUCUCCAUUUGUUGAUCCGGGGUUUGUAUAGGGGGAACAAGAGUGUCAGGAGUACCGGCGCGUGGUCUGACCAUGUCGCCACCCCGUGCUCUGCAUCGCGUGUUAUUGGUAGAUGAUAGUUUGAGGUAAAGAGGUAGUCCAGUCUAGUAUAUGUGUUGUGUGAGAAGAAGGUGUAGUCCUUCUCAUCCGGGUGGUAGGCCCUCCAGCAGUCUAUCAGUUUGUGACGAGUCAGAAGGGUUUUGAUUGAGUUCAGGUUUUGUGUCGAGACCCACGAGUGUCCGGAGGAGGUGCCCCACCGCAGAUUGAGUGCUGCGUUAAGGUCCCCCCCACAAUGAGGAUUCCCUCCGUGAAGGGCUGUAGUUUCUUAAGUGUGUGUGUGCCAGGAAUCUGUAUUGUUGGUUGUUCGGGGUGUAGAUGUUUGCGAAUGUAUAGACCUGUCCUGCAAUUGUGCCUUUGAGGAAAAGGAAUCUACCCUCCCUGGCCGUCAUCAGCCCUGUUUCUACAAAAGGUAUCUUUUUGUUAACUAGGAUGGCCGUGCCUCUUGACCUCCCUGCAUGGUAGUCGCUGUAAUAUCCCAUCGGGUAGUGAUGGUUAGUCAUUUUGGGUCUGGACCCUUCCUUAAAGUGUGUCUCUUGGAUUAAGACUAUCGAGGCUCGUUUGGCGUGGAAGUCUCUCAGCGCUCCUGAGCGCCUCUCCGGUUUGUUGAGGCCUCUGGCGUUUAUGGAGAGGACAGUGAGGCAAUCCGGCACAAACGCCCUUGUGGCCGCGUCAUUCGUUCUUCAAGUCACAGUCUGGUCUGGGGUUCGUAGGGUGUAUGGGUCUGUUGGUUGUAGGUCGGGUGGGGGUUGUAGGGUGGGGGCUGUGGGGUUAUGGGAUGUGUUUAUAUGUUCUCGUCACUAUAAAGUGAAGGUGAGGUUUCAGCGACGGGGAGGGCCCUAUUCUACCCAGUGGGUCUCAGGCGGGUUUACCUGCGGGUUGGUGGCCCUGGCCUCCCUCCUGGAGCACCUUCCCCUUCUUUUCUACCUCCCGCUUGCUCUCAGUUUGUGAGUGAGUCCCCCGGUGUGGCCCGCCCCCUGCUCAACUAGGUCAUCACAGGGCAGCCAAGGUCCCAGCGGCUGAGCCCAGUCCUAAGUAAGUGCCGGUGCACUCCCCCCUCGUGCCCUUCGGUCUAUCUACCCAUUGGUAUCGGUUGGGGUGUGUGCCAAGGGUGGGGUCGGUGCUUCCUGGGAUCGGUCCCUAUUUGGCGGGUUUGUACACUGAGUUUAGGCAGGUACUGUCAGGACCCUCUCCUCACUGUGUUUUGCUGUGGUUGUCCAUCCUUUUUUAUAAGUAUAUUGAUUUAGAAUCAUACUCAGGGGAGUGCAGCAGCCACUUUGGUAGAAGCUUGUUCCUGUAUAGUUUCGAUACACUUAGGUGUCUAGCUAGGCAGUUGGCUACCCCUACAGUCUGGCUGUGAUAUCUUCCCCUUUCGUUAUUUAUUUUGAGUCUGCUUCCGUGCCCCUUUUGUGUGUGUCCCCAAUUCCUCCACCCCUCUGAUUUUGGUAGCCAGGUGGACCCCCUCCCGUUCUCGCCCUCCCCCCUUCUCUUAGCCUGUUGUGGUGUAUGUUAGCGGUCCUGAUCCCCAAAAUGUCCAUAAGGGGGCUGGUACCCCUAUUGGACAGAGAGUCCCGUGUUGUUGGUACUUGCGUUUAUGUGCUGCAGCUGCUGACAUUAGUCCUUUAUGCCGCCGUCCCCGAGGGUUGAGUGGCUUGUUGUCGGGUCCCUCUGCUUCUGUGCGACUGUGGAGGGAGCCCCUGGGUCAACAGAGGUGCCAUGUAGAAGGUAAGGGGGUCCGGCCAUGUCCUGUUGAUGGGUGGAAGUUGUAGUUCCGUUACCAGAUCGCUCAGGUCCUCCAGGUGUCGGACUGUAAAAGGCCCCUUUGUUGUGAUGGCCUGUAGCCUGGUCGGGAAGAUCCACCGAUACCUGAUUUUUGUUGGUUUGGAGGAUUCUCGUGAGGGGCCUCAUCGCCCGUCGGUAUGCCAGGGUAGCUGGUGAGAGGCCAGGAUACAAUUGUAUUUCCACUCCAUUCAGCGUUACCCUUUCUGUUCCUCGCGCUUUAUGAAGGAUCUCUUUCUUUAGUUGGAAACUGGCCAGGCAACAAAUAGUGUCCCUUGGGGGAGCCUACCGGUGGACCCCUUGGUCUCAGUGCACGGUGUGCUCUGACAAACUCGAUGUCGGUGGUCGCUGGGCGGCCCAGGGUCUUGUUGAACAUUUCUCUGAGGAUAUCUGUUAUCGAUGUGGAUUGAUCUAGGUCUUAUGGAAUGCCGCGCACCCUGAUGUUUUGGCGCCUGCCUCGGUUGUCCAGGUCCUCCUUGUGUAGGGCCAUUUGUCUCAUUUGUGUUGUGUUGUGUUGUGGUAGAUUGCGUCGGUGUUUGCAGACUGGGCAGAGGACAAGUGGUCACAGUCUGCUUCCAAUUGAGAUACUUUGGUGUGUAGGCCCUGGAUGUCUUCCCGAAGGGAAUGUAGUUCCGCUGUGAUGGAGGCUCGUAGCUCCAAGUUAGCCUCCUUCAGGUCUUGCCUUGUCGGGAGUGCCCGGAUCAACUGUACCCAGUCUGGUUGGGGGUCCGGGGAGGUCUGGGCCUGCAUCGCCUUGCGGCCGCCUCGUAGCAACACUGGGCGAGAAAUCUCAGCGAUCUCCGAGGUGGUGGAGGCCCGCACGGCUGUGUCUGUGGGAGUCACUAGGAAUUGCAGUAGCGAGGUUGCGGCUGUGCCCUUCGGCGUGUCGGUUGGCUUGGUUAUAUGCGAUGCCCAGUAUUUUGCCCAUGUUUGCUUGGUUUUCAGGUGCCGUGAUGAGGAUUUUAGCUGAGCCUGUUGGGGAGCUCCGGGUUUACGCCACAGUCUUCCUCGGCCUCCAAGCCACGCCCAGCCGAAUCUUUACUUUUAAAUGGCAGCGAUUUGUUUAUAUUUGAUUGUUGGGUAUUUGAUUUAUUUGUUUACAUUAAAUGUGUUUGUUCUUAAAGUUGGUAGUUAAAUGUUUGCCACUACCUUUCAACUUUUAGUAAGUCAGCAAAUCAUUAGUCUGUUUUCCCUCUUUUAAAUAUUUUGCCCCUUUUAAUGCUGACAGGAUUCCCAAUUUCUAUCCUAUUGGCAUGUGUUUGGAGUAGAAGAUAGAUCUGGAUGUUGGUAUGCUUGACAUUUUGUUUUUCUCCCAUCUGUGUUAACGAAUUUGGUGGAAAUGUGUUCUAAAACAAUGCUUUUCUGAUUGAAAUCAUUCAUGACAUCACCAUUGUAUAUUCCUUCGGUUUAGAAAAUGUGUCUGAUUUGACCUAAAUUUCCUAUUCAGCUUUCACAGAAUGAAAGGAGGAAAAAAAGCUUUCCAGUUAUUUCUAGCCUUUUUAUUUUUUUUAUAUUUUUUUGUUAUGGAUGUUUACUCACGCCUAUAUCCUCCCCUCAAUCGAUGGCCUCCCUACAUCCCUCUCUGACAUUAGGCAUUAGUGGAAACACUUGACCGUGGCACUGGAAAUGAGGUAAGUUUUAGCUUUAGUUUGUUGGUUGGGGAGACCAGGAUUGGAAGGGUUACUGUAACCAAAAACAGUGUUUAAAACAUUGAGUUAUGGUUGGAGUAACCCUUAAACCCUUUAAAUGUCAAAUGCGCCUCAGUAAUACAUUUUACUAACAGUGCUAAAACCUGCCCACAGGAACUUACGUGGGCUUUAGUGUACUUUGUUUAGGUUUAAUGUAAGCUUGUUUGAGCAGGGCCCUCCUCUACCUAUUGUUCCUGUGUAAUUGUGUCAUUUAUUGUAAAUUCCCCACUCCCCCUAAUAAUAUUGUAAAGCGCUGAAGAAUUAGUUGGCGCUAUAUAAAUACCAAUAAUAAUAAUGUGUGAUGACCAAGUACAAAAUAUAAUGCAAAAUUAUUACCUUUUAUUCGUGUUCUCCUUCUUUAUACUUUGGCUGUUAGAAACACAGUCACAAAACCACUAAAUGCAUGUAGCUUGCCUUGCACCUACUAUUUAGUAUCCACAUAGGGGUCCCUAUGAGGCGCCAGGUACAUUUAAAAGAAAACUUGUAGCUAUAGGAAUACAAACCUGUCUCUAGCUGUAUUCCGGUUUCCCACCCCCUUUCUCCAAGAAUAAUGGAUUUUUUCCGGGGGUUUGUUCUCCGUGGUGCUGCUCACCCCUCCACCUCCUGUGACAUCAUGGAAGAGGCAUGGCUUCCUCCAGCAAUAGCCGGUCCAAUGCUUCUCAUAGAGGUGAAUUAGGGACCCAAUGCACAUGUGCCAUGUGUGCAUCCAAUUUUCUCUAUAGGAAAGUGUUGUAAUACUUUUCAUCUGAAAGUCUUGCUCGCUUAAAAAUUUUUUUACUCAGUGCAGCGGAAGGGACUUUAAUGACAGCCGUUAGAGGUGUAGUUAACCCUAUGUGUAAACAUUGCAGUUUCUAAGAAUCUGCAGUGUUUUAUCACAAAAGAUUAAAAUGAUAGGGCCUGCACCCAGACUACUUCACAUUGAGUUCAGAGCCCAUGUCCUGUGGCUGUUUCUUGUAAUGUGUGACUUUUCUCUUUACAAAAACCAGUGAUAUUGCUGAACUGUGCUUUUGGAACUGCUCCUGUGAAGCAAAUAAUAUCCUAAUAAUGUGAAUUCUUACAAAAUCUCUACCUGAAACAUGCACUGUGUAUUCCCCUGUUUAUGACGUAUGUGUCUUUUAAUAGGUGUGGUGAUAAAAAAUAAUUCCCAUCUGUUUCAUUCUAUUUAUUUCCAUUAUAUGUGCCAAGUUGGGCUUUUUUGCUUGAUCACAGCCAGGUUUGUGAAAAUUAACUUGCCAUUUAGUUAUAUAUCUGACCAUUUCCAUUUUAAUUUAGAAAACAUGAGUGUAUAACCCUAAGGGUGCUGUCUGAGGUGUGUCCAGAAUGAUAACACAGGGUGUAACUGCUCAGAUUUCCAAUCUGAUAAACGUGUGGAUUGGAUCCUAUGCUCUUCACGUACUCUAACAGGUUGUGAGCAAUGCUCAUAAGACUUCCAUUGUGCAUAAUUCAAUUGAACAUUACAAUGUGUUGUGUCCUAUGGUCCAUUCCUAGACCUGGAUGUGAUAAAAGGUAUUUAUCCUUCCUUUGUUACAUGAAAACACAUAUGCCUAUCUUUCUGAGAUUCUGAGAUUCUAGUUAUCUGGAUUCAAAAUGUAACCCUUGUGAUCUUUAUUACUAUGACAGAAAAAGAAAACAAAGCCUUUCAACCCACCAACUCGACGAAAUUGGGAAAGCAAUUAUUUUGGAAAACCGCUGCAGGAACUUGUGAGCCUUGACAAGCCUAUUCCUGUUUUUGUGAAGAAAUGCGUGGAUUUCAUUGAGGAGUCAGGUAGGAAGCAAAGCACGGCCUUGAACUGGGUUUUGACUUUUGUGGUGGGGAAUUGAAGUUUGUGAUCACCUUUGCUAAUUCCCAGGGUUACCUAUAUAGGCAAAGUGUAUUAUUCCCAACACCUUAAUUUUAACACUUUGGCUUACAUGAGGUUAGGAAAGAGAUAUUGUGUGAGUACCUGAACUGUAACAUAAAUGCAACAAAAUAUUACGUGGUGAUGUAUUUAAACAAAAUUAUGAUAAUGCACCAUUAAAUUGAUUCAAGACAGUGAUUAGGAAAUUAUUGUAUAUAUCCUAGUAAACAGGAAGACUGCUUCAUUUGUGCUCUUUUGUGUCAAGGUUCGUGUAGGUGAUAAACCUUGCAUUUAAAGAAGUAAAAUUUAAAUUCCUUUUUUUUUUUUUUUUUUUAAUAGCAGUGUAUGAUAUUUAACACUGGGCUCGACAAAUCCCGGUCGCCAUGGCACCUAGGAAUUUUGCCUUGGCGCCUGGGAUAUGUGAGCCCGUUACAUCUAAGGUAGGUGGGAGAGAUUGGAGGUGGUUAGCAAGUUGGAGGAUUAUGGAGGCUGGCUGCGCGUAUUGUUGCCGGGCGGCGAGGGAGCUGUAAUGUCCCUACUCUGCUCCCUUGCUCGCCGCAUAGUGAGACCGGGGUCAAAAUAUAACGUUCACGAUCCCCCAGCAUGCUUUCUACCUCCAUAAUGCCUCAACUUGCCGCUCACCUGCACGAUCCCCCUGCAUCCCGCUCACAUGCACAAUUCCCCAGCCUGACGCCCACUUGACCCCACAGGUAUUAUUACAAGCAAUUAUUUGUGAGUCUGUGUCCGUGUGUGUGUCAUGCUGUGUUUGUGUGUUUAGGUGACCAGAUCCCUUCUGUUCACAAGGGAAUGGUGUUUCUACGCACAUUUUUUUCCCCCAAUGCUGGUCUCCCAUAUACAGGCCCUGCCUCUGUGACUAAGAUUAUCAAGCUUGAUGAUCUCACAGAAUCCAAUGUUUUCCCAUAGGAUUGACUGCAAAACACGGCACCAACCAGCUUCUCCUCAGAGAUGCAUUGAAUCUGAGUGACGGCCACUAGACGUGUCACUGGGGAGCAAUGAAAAUACUGCCUUUUUUUCUGAAAAGGCAGUGUUUACAUUAAAAGGCCUGCAGGGACAGGCUAUAGACACCGGAACCACUACAUUAAGCUGUACUGGUCUUGGUGACUAUUGUGUCCCUUUAUUUUUGUUGUUGAAUAUUGUGGCAAAAAUAGCCACUUCUUUGUGCAAAAGACUGUUAGUUUGUCUAUUUUGACUUCACGAACAGAACAUGGACAUAUUGUUUGUGAAGUUGAACAAACUACCGAAUUAGAGAACACACAGAAGAGUCGUGUGUCUCUAAGGAUCUGCAACACUUGGAAACCGCAAGAUCAUAAUAGUCGGAUGGGUGGUCGCCGUUCAUAUGAACGAACACAUGGCGGUGGCCAUCUUAGUGCACGAACGCCCAGCGGUGUAUGGUCGUCGAGAGCGUGUAACUAAAAUCGGACACUCGACCUCGCGAACACAGCUAUACUUCCAUCUCGUUCGUACAUGUACUUCCAUUUGUGCAAACAGAGCGGCAUUCGAAUAAAUGAAACAACCGACACAUGACUACCCAGUUUAUGAAUGUGUGCAUUCGUCUGUUUGUUCGUAUGACCUCCUGAAAAGAGACUGGUCAAAGCCUUCAAUUGCCUGGAACUGUUUUGGGACUUCACCUCGUGGCUGACCGGUCCAAAACUUCACUCGAAUUACUUUUCUGUUUUUACCGAACGGAUCUGAGUGGUAUUUCGACCGAUUGGGCGCUCAGAUCCCAGCUAUUCAGUGAAGUGUCUUUUGUGGCGUUCUGAUAAAUAUUUCGAGUUAUGUUUUAAAAAAUAUUGUUUAAUGUUCUGUACUGGGAGAUUUAAUUAAAUACUUGUUCUUACGCAAUUACCUCCCCAGUACAGAAAAGGAUCAUGGGUUAUGUAACUUUGUUCAGUCUUCCACACAGUUCAUCGGGGAAAAACCCCUGGAAUGUCAUUAAGGAAACCACUUGCAUGGGGAACUGUAUAAAGCCAGCUGUGGCUAAAUAAAAGUUGUUGACUCCCAAAACUGUGUUUCGUCCAGUUGUUGGGGAAUGGGAUUGGAAUUACUACGCUACCCUUUAUUUGUAUGCUGAUUACAUCUACAAGCGGAUAUAUUGCAGUUUAUACUUUUACUCAGCUACAAAUUUAAAGCUAUGUAAGUUUAAAAAAAAUUAAAUAAAUCUGGCUCUUAACUUUUUAGCUGGCUCCUAGAUUCAAAGCAAAUUUGUCAAGCCUUGAUUUUACAUAUUUAAUUAGCAAUUUAAAGACCAGACCUGUGGGCCAGUUGAUUGGUAUGUGUUAUUGGUUCCUGUUUGUCUAGAGCAGAGGUUGGCAACCUAUGGCAUGUGUGCCAUGCAUGGCAGUUGAGGUGUCUUUGCACGGCACUCAAGGCUGCUAGAGCCAAACCGGGUCUGGCCUAUCAGGAGUCCCAGUAAAACUAAAGAUAUCUGCGAAUAUGAAAAGUUGAUGAAGGACAUUCCUCAAUAUAUGCAUUUCAGCACAUAGAGGAAGUGAUCUCUGAUCACUUCAUUCCAGCACUUGUGAAUGGGAGUCCACACUGUAGUAGAGCAGCCCGCAGCUGCUGUUGCAGCUCCUAUCCCUGACCUGUACCUGGCCAGCAUGUCCAGGCUGGAAUACAAGGAAGCCACCCACACUGCUAGAUUUACACAGAGCUGCAGAAUAACCCUUCCCUCAUACACAUAAUAUGAACAGCCCACACACAAACGUACACAGAAUCUGCACAAACGCAACACCACAAAAAAUCCACAUGCAGGCUCUCGCAUACAAUACCCUAAACAGCCCCACACAUCACCAAACACACUAUGUGACAUUUCCAUCCACACACAAUUCCACAAGCAGCCCACAUUCGGAGGUAUCAUACACAAUACCACAAACUACUCAUGAACAGAUACAAUAUAAUAGCGCAUAUACGCACAAAUACAACAAUACAAAGCAACCGCAGUAUAAAUAACACUAGCAGAAUACAACAACAUACACACCUCAAUUUAAAGGGACACUAUAGUCACCUGAACAACUUUAGCUUAAUGAAGCAGUUUUGGUGUAUAGAAAAUGCCCCUGCAGACUCACUGCUCAAUCCUCUGCCAUUUAGGAGUUAAAUCCCUUUGUUUAUGAACCCUAGUCACACCUCCCUGCAUGUGACUUGCACAGCCUUCCAUAAACACUUCCUGUAGAGAGAGCCCUAUUUAGGCUUUCUUUAUUGCAAGUUCUGUUUAAGAUUUUCUUAUCCCCUGCUAUGUUAAUAGCUUGCUAGAACCCUGCAAGAGCCUCCUGUAUGUGAUUAAAGUUCAAUUUAGAGAUUGAGAUACAAUUAUUUAAGGUAAAUUACAUCUGUUUGAAAGUGAAACCAGUUUUUUUUUUCAUGCAGGCUCUGUCAAUCAUAGCCAGGGGAGGUGUGGCUAGGGCUGCAUAAACAGAAACAACGUGAUUUAACUCCUAAAUGACAGUGAAUUGAGCAGUGAAAUUGCAGGGGAAUGAUUUAUGCACUAAAACUGCUUUAUUUAGCUAAAGUAAUUUAGGUGACUAUAGUGUUCCUUUUAAAAAAAAAAAAAAAAAUCACAAUCUUAUUUCGGCACAGUGCUCCUAAAAGGUUGCCUACCCUGGUCUAGAGCUUAGACACUAUAACCACUUUGCUCAUGGUAUAGGUUACAGAGCAAGUAGUUUGUGUCUCAGUGCUGCACACUGUUGCUUUUAAAUACAGGGAUUUUAAAAUUUUAUAUGAAGUUUGCCAUUAUUUUUCUUAAAUAAACACUGUAGUGUUGGGAAUACUAACAUGUAUACUAAUGCUAUCUUAUCACAUCCUCCCUCCACACUUGAUGAAUAAAAUUAUAAGCAGUUUUAGUUUGCUUCUCUGUGGUAGAGGUUCAGUUAAAUCAAACUGCUGAGCACAGGCUUGCUACUUUGUGGACAUUUUUACCCAGUGAAUGGAACUCUUUGUGAAAAACAUAAAUACAUGCUUGAUGCUUUGGUUUAGCCCUAAAAUGCCAUAAUCUCAAUAUCCAUAAUGAUAUUGAUGUCUGUAAAAUUACUUUAGAAAUCUAUCAUUUGUGUCGUUGCUGUUCUUUCUUCAAAAGUAUAUCCUAUUCUCAUCUGUUGGAAUCCACCUUGGUGUAUGAGUGCUAUAUACAGUUUAUACAGCUUAUACUGCUUGUGUACGACGUUCCACUGCUAUGAAAAUCUAAUGGAGUGAAGACAGGCACACGUUGAAAGAAUACAUCAGGAUCUGAUAGUAUUCUCCUACUGUCUAUAUCUGUGUUCCAGCAAAAGCAUGGAGCAGUGGAAAUUUUGAACCCUAUGUCAUCUGUGUUAUUAAUUUGUCAGCCCCAAUCUGGAAUGUUACUUUAAAAUAGUUUUGCUUUCACAAUAAAAGUAGGAAGUACUCACUCUUGCACUUGCAUUGUUUUAUCAAUUAGCCUGCAAGGUUUAGCCAAUCUCACAUCAGAUUUAAACCAGUGUACAGGAAUACUCCAUUGGUUUUAGUGAAUAAAUAAGGCAUGUUCUAAUGGACACACCACCCUUGAUGUCAUAGGACGGAAUUUGUAGACAGAUCAGUGAAUCUCCUAUGCUUCUUUCAAAAAAGGAAUGACUGCGUUGUUGGUUCUGCGAGAAGUAUCUAGUAAGCUACACAAGCUGUGCUUUCUGAACCCAAUCACACACAGCUCCUAACAAGCAGGAGAGAGAGCAGAUGCUGCCACAGAAGGUUUUACUGCAACAUAGAAACACAGAUUGGGCCAAGUGGAUCUUAACUGCCGUCACAAUCAGUCGGCCCAGCAUAAAUUUCUCAAUAUUCUUUAAUUCCUUGAUUCUGUGAUGCGGUCACUGUGCCUGUAUAUUCUGUAGCUAUUACUUUUUAUGUAAAGCAGUAUUUACUUUAUACUUUUUUUUUUAAAUUUAAUUUAAUUUCUUUUUAUUGAGGAAAAUCACAGAUAUCACAUCCAUUUGGCAAAUGCAGACAUGAGUAGACAUAUCCCCUUGUAUAAGUUAAACACCGUUAACACAGUGUAAUAGCAGUACAUGUUCCGAUUACUUGCAAACAUUCCUUAUAGCAAUACUUGGACAUGAAUCGAGUGCUUUUCUACGCUUGGCUAUUAAACUAAUAUUGUUGGAGAAAACGUUAAUAAGAGUGAAUGGUAAACAGUACCGAUUCCCGACCACCUACUGUCCGAUUGCAAAACAUUCUACCGAAUAUAGGAGAGAAUUGCGCAGGGAUACACUAUGGGUCACGUGUUCCUUUGUUUCUCACCUAUUGCCUGUGUGGGGGGCCCUGUGGGGGGCCCACAUGGUCAGAUAAUUGCAGAGCCAAUCAUGGAUCAAUAAUAUAGUAAAGAGAAGUACCGGAAAACAAACAUAAGAAAAACAAUGGAAAACAGUAAUGAGCAUACAAUGUUAUACAAUGUUGUACCCUCUAUCCCCAUACUUGUGGGUGAACAUUUUGUAGGCUGUAACAGGGAAAAUAGUAAUUAUAAUAUUCUAGUUUCCUUUGCGGGUCUCCAGUUCAACUACCGGUAAGUCCCUUGAGAGAGGCGUGGGCGUUCACCAGGUAUUUUGUCAUGCAGUACAGUUACAUGGGGUCUUCUCUGUAUUAGUAAAAAGUAGAGUAUAGAGUAGAGGGUGUCAUCCCUCCUUAGCUAGCUAUAACCAGGUUCCCGUUUUGUGUACCCUUUGACCCCUACCCCAUGUGGGGUAAGCCAAGGUUGCUAUAUUUUAAUAUAAUGAGCUAGUUUCCCCUGGGACGACCCACCAGUUUUUCCAAGAUAAAAAAGUUCUCCAUUUUAGCUAUCCAUUCCCGUAGGCCUGGGGUCUUGGUCACCUUCCACAGACACACUAUUACAGACUUGGCUGCCGUAAUUCCUUCACUCUGCUUCUUACCUUAUAGGCUCUUGUUCUCUUAAAAUUCAAAGAAAAGUUACCUGCACAAAACCCCAAAUCCCUAUGCAUAUUUAAAUAAAUGGGGGGGGUGGAGGGGGUUCACUCCAAUUGCCAUUAGGUGUAAGCCCAUCUGCCAUGUCAGUGCAACCCUCUUUUUUUUUUAUUGUAUGUAUUGGGACUGAUGUGUACCAUGGUCCCUGCUGCCGCCCAGGAGUAGUGGGAGUCUGAGCGCUGAACUUAUUUUUGUGUAUUUGAUCUUGUUCUCUUACUUUUCUUUAUUGAAAAAUGUUUUCGUUUGACUUUAUUGAACAUCUCUUUCAAAAUAUAUGUCUGUUAUUUAUUCCAAGAUAUGGAUGAUUGAGACAUUGAUAAGUGGAACUACUUAAUCACUGGGGCUAAACUGUUUUAUUUUUAUUUUAACACUGUAACAUAUUAUAAAAUAAGGUGGUCAUAAUAUUUGUUGGUGUAAUACAUUUCACCAUGCCCUUACACACCAUACAAUUCCAAUAUGUCUGCCUAUUACCGUUGUGAAGGUGUGCAUGCGUGCGUGCUUGCUUUUUUCGUUCUUUAAAGCUCCACUAUAACACAAGCCUUCCAACAGUCCGAAUAUUUUGGCGACACCAGGGAACUGUCGUCUGGUAUCAAAGCGCAAACUCCUCAUUAGCGAUGUGCAACAGGUAUAAGGACCAUGCAAGGGGCGCUUCAGCAGUACUUACUGCUUGAUCUUAAAGGCUAAGUGACAGAGCUAUAUUAAUUAAUAAUGUAUUUGACUGUGCAUUGCAUUUUUAUAUUGUAGAACUUUAGUUAAUUUGUUUGCAGACUAUUUACUGUAUAUUUCAUUGUAUUUAUCUAUAAUGUGGCACUACCCCUGGCUUUCUUUUUUCUGUGUUUUUAUUUUCAUUAAUGGGAUAAGAGGGAUCCCUACUUUUUGGGGUUACCUGCCACAUCUACACUCUCUCUAGUUUGAUAUCCUAAGCGCUGUUCCUUCCCCUCCAUUCUAAUAAAUAUUUUAAGAGUUAAGGAUUUGUUUGCCUCCUCCGUACAAAGGAUCAAUAAUACAGUAACAAUAUGUUGUUGUUGGUGUGUAUGUGUAUGUAUAUGUGUGUGUAUAUAUAUAUGUGUGUGUAUAUCUAUCUAUAUAUAUAUCCCAUACACAUUGUAAGUACCAGGAUAGGUUCAGCAGUGGAGUCCGUAUGAAACCAAAAAGGAAUAUUAGGGUAGUAUGUUCUUACAGGGGGCAACUAAAAGGAAUAGGAUCUAGUCCUGCUCGUGUUUAAUGGAGCUGUAUCUAGCUCCAGUGUGAGUGGCAUAGAGUGGUAUAAUCACCACUUGCAAGGAUAUGUGAGGAUAGUUGCUUUGUAGUAUGUGGACCAUAAAAAUAAACAAUAGUGCUCACUGAAUAAAAAGUUGACCAAUAGUUAUUGCUCUGCAAUGUAUGUCAGUGUGUUUGGACAGUUCCUAAGAAAAGGUCUUGGCAGUCAUCUCAAGGAUUCACAAAUAAGGCAACACAGGGCCUGUCUCGCUCACUGCUGAGUAAAUAGGGGCUGCAGGAGAUUACCAGUAAACUGAAAGUAUUAGAAAUUUAAGUGAUGCCUAUAUCUGAACUAUCACUGCACUUCCUAAAUUUUAAUCAUUGAAAAAUUCUUGUGGCUUAUGUUCUUAUUGUACUGCUGGCCCUUUUCAAUCACUUUGAAGAUUUAUGCUUUUGCUGCCAUAGAGACUGCCUGAAAAUAAUCUGUUAAUCCAAUUUUUUUUUUUUUUUUUUUUACAAUUUUAUGCUCUAAUCCUGUCUUUGCUUUGGCACUUUACGCGGAGCUAUCUCAUAAACACAGGGAGAAGAGAUUGUUAGAUUAGAGCCAUUGAGUGUUUUUAUUUUUUUUUAAUUGGCACAUUAGUGUGAAAGGCAUCUCUCGUCCAUUAUAUUCACUGGCAAUUGCCGGCUAAAGUCGUCUUUGACAUCAUUUGUUGUCAUAGCAACCUCUCCGAUGUCAGAGCUGGGGUGACCUCAGGUGAAGAAUCUGCAAUUUUAUUCUAUUCAUGUGGAUUCAAAUAAUGUAUUGUUCCCUGAAAAUAUUCUUUUACUCUCCUCAUUCCAGAAAUAUACAGGAUGAGUGAAUGCAUUGAAUUGCCAGACAUAAUGUGAAUUAAGUUUUUUUUUAUUUUUAUUUUUAUUACUAUUUUUCCUUUAGGUUUUUGCAAGCAAAUUUUGUGUACACUUUCAAUUAUUUUUUUUUUAAUCUAUUCUAUUAUUAAGUUCUGUUUUAAGAAUAAUCUAAGCAUAGGACAUUGUUUCUCUCCUUCUCUACUCUUAGUAAAAAGUAAUGCAGCUCCUGUAGGAGUUCAUGUCACAAUUACUACUUGAUGGGCGAGUCUGUUUAUAGUUUGCCUUACUACCCAUUUUAGCCCCAGGAAUAUCUCUACUGAUGCUUGAAAUUGUUAUGGGCUUUGAGGAACAAGUAUCGGAAUUGUGUUGCCUCUGUAUUAAUGCCACGGUUCUUCUAGCUUUAAUUCAACAAUGGGGUUUUUGCAAGCAGGCAAUGCCCUCCUAUUUCCAUCAUAUUAAAAAGCUGUGAGGAAGAAAACCAAGACACAUCAUGUGAAUGACUGACAUUUAGGAACGUUUUUAGAUGAGUUGGUUAUGAUUCUGUAUAUAUCUAUAUAUCUGCAGUCCACAACAUCUGGAGGUUGGCAAAGGUUGCCUACCCAUGUCAUGAACCCAUGAACAGGCUUAGACAACCUUUGCCACUGCAGAUGUUUUGGACUACACCUCCCAGGAUGCUUUGCCAGCAUUAUGGGGGAUGUAGUCCACAACAUCUGGAGUGCUGAAGGUUGCCUAUCCCUGCCCUAGAAGACAGUGUUUUUAAAAUUAGCCUUGUGUGCAGCUGUACAGCAUUAUGUAGCUUAAUAUAUGAAGGGAGAAAUGGUAACUGAACACUUAGUGAAUAUGACUUUACCUACUGCUGGCCUUUUAGGAGUUAAUACUCUUCGUUAUUUUAUAAACUAGGAUUUACCUAUUCUUCUAACCCAAUAUCAGAAAGCUCUUGUGCUCCCUUUUGCAGUAAAGGAAAUUUAGACCUUUUGUACAACUGUUCUGCACAGACUUGCAAAAGAGGCCGGAAUGGAAUUGUGUGUUCAGACGAGUUGUUUACCUUUUCCAGCUCACAGAAAGGGUAUAGUGAGUGCCUGGAGGGGGGUACUCUGCACGUCACACAAAGGGUCUGGCUUUUACAGACUCUGAACCUUGGAUAAUGUACUUUUAAACCUGGCUUUCUAUACAUUUUGCUGGAAGGACCAGUGCAAUGUUGAUUUCAUUUAUUUUAUUUUACUUUAUUGGACUCUGCUUGCCUGUAGCACUCUUUGUUAUUUUAUUAUUUAUUCUGGAUUUGGCUUGAUUCACUCUAUUUUAGAGUGCAUAAAAGAACCUUAACCUACUGCUACCAUGGUGGAGUGUGGGGAUAAAUGCAUUUUAUAUUGUCACUAUCCCUGCCUCAUUCAGCAGUGAAUUGCAGACAUUCCUGUUUCCAAAAAUGUGUUCUGUUUGUGUGUUUUUAAAGCUUCACACAUCUGUUAUUGUAGCAAAUCGAGGUGCCAAAGUGUUAAUGUUAAAUACUAAUUAGUAUCCCUUUAAAGGCAUUUGCUAAUUAGAUGCUUUCGUAUUAUCUUGAUCUCUGCAUGUUCAUUAAUAUAUUAUUGUCUAGGAGGCUCCUCUAGGAGAUGUUUAGACAGUUUGGUAACUAUCUUGAUGGCUGAUAAUCUGUGCCUUUCUUGUAUUGCUUGAACUGUGCCUCGUUCUAGGAAGCAGCACUGCUUUUCUCAUUAUUACAGUGUUUAAACUUGUUUCAUCAGAACACUAUAAGUUUACAUUUAUCUCACCAAAUGUAUUUAUAGAUUGUUUGGGGUGGGGGGUGCGGGGAUGGGGGUGGAAGGGGUGAGGGGAGGGGAGGUUGUUCAAGUAAAAGGUAUAUAGGGAAAAAUCCUUAACUGGAUGGGGGUGUUUUUUUGUUUGUUUUUUUGAGAAAAGAGAAGGUGGUUAUUAUUACUUUCAGAAAUAGGCACAAAGAAAUUACACAGGGUUGUUAGAAACCUGCAGCUUUGUGCAGAUCUCAUAAACUGUUACCCAGUAAGGAGUUUAUUCCUGUAGGCCUACGUGUUCCGUGAGGAUCUGUAUAGUGUGCUUCUGAUGUCUGUUAUGCAUAGUAUGUAUGGUUGUCUAUGGUGUACUACUGUCUUGAUAUAGGUCCCUAGAAUCUGUGAGCUAAACAAAAUGUUCAUGACUGGUGCAUACACUUAAUUAGCCACUUACCACCCUUACAAACAAAGUCCUCAAACAUACCUUAUCAACCAUCCUUACAAACCAAGCCAUCUUCUCACUCACCCCUAAUUAGUUACAAAAUGCCUGCAUAUAUAAAUAGCACAGCGUUCGCACACCUCUAAUUAGAAACAGCGUCGCAAAUUCCAAUGCGUGAUUGCAGUUGUAUUAUAUCCCCUAUCCUUCACCUGCUGUUGGUGAGUAGGAAAAUAGGGAAAAUUUAGAUAUUUGGGUUUGACACGCUUUCUUUGAUGCCUGGUAGAGUAAUAGCUGCCUCUGUACUGCUUCAGGGCCUUGUUGCAAUCCAAAACACCAGACUUUUUUGAGGGUGCCAGGAGAAUGUAACAUCAUUUGGCACAUGCACUAGCAGAGCAUAGUUUGAGGUGUGUCAGCAUCAGCAACCUUCGUGUUGGUCAUCCUACUGUCUAACACGAUCUUAGACGGCUAAUGGUGACAAACCGCAUACUGAUACCACUUAAUUAUCCCUACUACAGAUUAUAACUACAGCAUGCUACUUUUAUUUAAUAUCAUUUCGUUUUUGAAGUUUGAAUGUCCAACUUUUCAGGGUUUGUAACAUUGGGUGUUUGUCAAACUGUUUACUAGCUAAAUGACUCCAUAUACCGGUAUGCACUGUAUCUUCCAGUGACAACAAAAACCCUAUUUCAGUUCUUUUCCUCUGUAGUUCAGUGCUUGGGAUUCCCUGUGGUCCAAUUAGUUUAGCAUGCUUCCAAUAUGUCAUCUACCCCAUAACUUCAUCCCUUGCCAGCUUUUUCUUCAGUAUAAUCUCACCUGCUUUUUUUGAAAGCCUUGAGAUAGUUAUUAUUAUUAUGAUGAUAUUUAUAGAGCGCCGUCAAAUUCCGCAGCGCUUUACAGUGGGUGGAUGAACAGACAUGUAGUUGUAACUAGACAAGUUGGACACAUAGGAACAGAGGGGUUGAGGGCCCUGCUCAAUGAGCUUACAUGCUAGAGGGAGUGGGGUAAAAUGACACAAAAAGGUAAGGAUAGUAUUAGACUAAUGACAGUUGCAGAAGAGGAAUCAGUCAGGAGCUAUUAGCAGUUUAAUUGAUACGCUUUUAUGAAGAAGUGGGUUUUUAACGGAGGAGUGGAGACUGGGUGAGCAUCUAACGGAGGAGGGAAGCGAGUUCCACAGGAACGGUGCAGCCCUCGAGAAAUCUUGAAGGCGAGCAUCAGAGGUGGGAGUACGGACAGAAGAUAGACGUAAGUCUUCAGCAGAUCGUAAGGGCCUAGACGGGACAUACUUGUGUAUAAGGGAGGAUAGAUAGGUGGGAGCAGCAUUAUGUAGAGAUUUGAAAGCAAGAACCAGAAUUUUAAAUUGAGCUCUAUAUUUUAUAGGAAGCCAAUGUAGGGAUUGACAGAAGGGUGAGGCAUGGGAGGUGCGUGCGGACAGGAAGAUGAGCCUUGCCGCAGCAUUCAUUCUAGCUCUUAAAUGUGUUGUCGCCCACAAUAUCUUCUCAGGCAGCUGUGUGCCGCAGCCAAUUAAUUUGUUUACAAUGCAGUGAUACUUCUGGAGGUAUUUUAUGUUUGAUUCAUGGAGCUUUGUGGUAAGUUUUUUUUGUUUUUUUUUUAACUCUGGAAAUUGAGUAAUUACUGUACAUACUUGCGAUAAUCACGCAUGUAGUCCUAAAGAAAACUGUUACUUUAUCAUCUAGUUUUCCCAUUUAUUUAGAGGGACAGUAGAGUUAUCCAGACCACUUUAUCUCAAUAAAGUAGUCUGGGUCCUGUUAUUUAAAAAAUGUUUUAAAAGCAGCACUGUUUACAAUGCAGGGUUAUAUCCACCUCUAGCUGGUGCCAGUGACUGCCGAUAGAGGCGCUUCCCCGCUGCACGGUAAUGCGCUAUCGUCUAUAUCAAAAUAUUGAUUCAGUGCUUUCCAUAGGGGAGCUUGAAUGUGCAUGCAGCACUUCCUGCACAUGUGCAUUAGGUUAUUAAUGUUCCUCUGUGGAGCAUUGGAUUGCACCAUUGCAGAGACUGCCAUGCCUCCAAGUAGUGCAGAGGGGAAUCUGCGACACGUAGUGGGAAAGUUAAAAUAGUGAUCCUCCAAUUUUUUCUAUAAAAUAGAUUUAAAGUGGGGGGGCUGGGGGGUGCGAUGUUGGACUACCUUAAAUUAGUAAGAAGCUGUUAGGUGCUUAAUGACUAGCAGUGUGCAGAAGCAUUUUGGCACAGAAUGGCAGGCUUUUUUGUAAUUCCUACACCAGAUAGAACUAUAGUGUUAAUUUAACUCAGAAGUACUACGAUCUGUUUGCAAUAUUGAAAUAAAUGCAAACAAUGAUAUGAUAUGGCAAGAACUAUAGAGGAACAAAUAGCAACGAAAGGUCAGCAGGCAGUGAACGUGAACUGCUGUGCUUACACACAUGCCAGUUUGUAACAGAAACAGUAAUUUGUCUACAUUUUUUCAAAUGAAGAAAGUAAAUAGUCCAGAUCAAUGUAAGUAAGUGGCCCGUAGUAUCAUUAAUAGCUCUAGCAAACAUAACCUGAAUUGUACCUUGUUAUUCACAACUUUAAAUGACAGUGUUCAAUGGGCAGAGCAUCUCCUGUGUAAACCUCACUUAUCAGUGUCAGCCUUGUAUAUGUGCAAUGUAUGCUAUUCACUCAGUGCAUAAGACUUCGAUGCAGCUUUUGAACUGUGUUAUAUAUUUCUAUCUGAAUUUUUGAACACCCCUUUCAAAUAUGAUUUUGCCUAGAGCAGUUGUUGCAACUGUUGGGGAUGGGCUGAAGACAGUUUAGUUAAUACUGAAUGGCUGCACCCUGUUGACUUGUAAUACUUUGUAUUAAGUCCUGUCAAGUAGUCAGGCAGUUUGUGAGUCUGUGAUGGGAUGUGUCUGAUUUAUUUCUGUAGGGCAGGACUGCGCUUGUAUGGGUUGCAGUGGCUACAAUGACUUGUGGGGUGCCCAUAUUUCAGCAUGUUGCUGCACAGUAAUUAUCUUAACAGUCAGAGGUAGUUCUCUGAACAUCAGUCGGACCACCCUAGAAUCCAGAUAGAAGUGUAUGUGAUGAAUUGUCACAGCGCAGGAGUAAGAGCUGUGUAAUAACAUUUUUGGUUAUUUAAAUUUACUCAGUGGGUGCCAUUAGACAAUGACAGUGUCAAAAUUAGCUACUUGUAUAGUUGUUGCCAACUGUAAUACACGGAUGUUACUGAAAUUCACAGAUGUAGUUUCAAGAAUAAAAUUGAAGUGCAUAUUUUAAUAUCAUUUAAGACUUCGAUGCAGCUUGUUUUGAACUGUGCCUUAUUUAUAUAUUUCUAUCUGAAUUUUUGAACACCCCUUUCAAAUAUGAUUUUGCCUAGAGCAGUUGUUGCAACUGUUGGGGAUGGGCUGAAGACAGUUUAGUUAAUACUGAAUGGCUGCACCCUGUUGACUUGUAAUACUUUGUAUUAAGUCCUGUCAAGUAGUCAGGCAGUUUGUGAGUCUGUGAUGGGAUGUGUCUGAUUUAUUUCUGUAGGGCAGGACUGCGCUUGUAUGGGUUGCAGUGGCUACAAUGACUUGUGGGGUGCCCAUAUUUCAGCAUGUUGCUGCACAGUAAUUAUCUUAACAGUCAGAGGUAGUUCUCUGAACAUCAGUCGGACCACCCUAGAAUCCAGAUAGAAGUGUAUGUGAUGAAUUGUCACAGCGCAGGAGUAAGAGCUGUGCUAAAAAAUUUAAUAAAUUUUUUGGUUAUUUAAAUUUACAUAUAAUGGCAGUGGGUGCCAUUAAACAACUGUGUGUGGAUGUAAACCAUGUGCUUGAUUUAGUUUUACAGUUGCUUGGAUCCAAAUACAGCUGGUCUUAUACUGUAGGUAAAAUAUAUAAGUACUCUUCCCCUGGGAAUCAUGUGACCUGUUUUUGUCAAGGGCACGCUGUAACCAUAAUCCACAUGUAACCAUAUAGCUGGAUAUGGUGCAUAUGUGCCCCUUGAAAGUAUAUUAAAAUACAAUUAAGGGGCGGAGCCUAGCAGCCUUGCUUACCGGUCCCAUGUCUGGCGAGCUCCGUACUGAACAGUUCAUAUAUCCCCGAUAUUAAUAGUCCUGAAUGUUGGCAGCAGACGUACCCCAGAGACUGGUGCACCCACUGCAGUGGAAAGCCAUUGUGUUCUUGACAGGCUGGGGAUAGACCUGCGAGGGAGGCGGCCGAUCCCUUGGCUGACUGAAGCACACUGUCCUGGAGGUGUCCUUUGCAGUGCCGACAUCAAGCUACCUGUACAAGCAGGCCAUCUAUGACUAUCAUGGCGGAUUCCACGUACAACUUUACAUCCAGCGACUCGCAACCCUCUCUCUCUCUCUGAGAAAUGGGAUCGCCUGUUUGACGACUUCUGGUCCAAGCUCUCCUAUCACCAGUGCAUUCAGGAGAAGGCUCCACCGGCACCUCCUGGGCAAGACCCUGACGCGGCGCCAAGGGGGAGGAAGCAAAGGCAGGCGCCCAGGCGAGCACAUCAGCGCAGAAUAUUUGACUCAACUGAUAGCCGGCCUCAAGCUUCUCUCCCCUGCGGGAGCACACCACUCAGCAUGUUAGAAGUCUUGCCAAGAAUCCAUGAGUUGUAUCAACACUCUGCAAUGGGACUCAUGACUCAGGUGCCCUGGAGUGCGGUGAGAACUGGGGCUGGUGGGGUGCCGGUAGGCAGAACUUGAGCCACAAAUAUAAGUAUGGGGUAGGCAAAGUCUCUUAUCUCUUAACAUGCAACCAAUACUUAUAAUACUCUCACUGAUGUCUCCUCAUGUUAGCUUGUCAUACUCUUAUUAUUUGACUAGCCUGAUUUCAAUAUUACUUUAAAACUGUGCUGUAACUUUCUACUACGGCAAAAUUAUACUUAUCUGUUUUCUAAAUGAUUGCUCAUACUGUUGUGGUAAUGCAAGCAUGUUUUGUACUCGUAUGCACAGAAACAUUAAGAAUAAAAAAAAACUCUAUUAAGCGUACUACAUUUCUUUUGAUCACUUACAUUUUGGGAUUAUCUGUAUAAGACCUUCUGAAUAUCACCAUGGAAACCCUCAUAGCUGUAACUCAUUAUCCCACAUAUCAUUUGGUACUAUCCUGAUCAGUUAGAGAAAAGCCUUACAAAAUGCUGAUCUUCUGUUACUCAAUGGUGACACAAUAAAAGUAAGGUUAUAUUUUUGUUGCUACCACCACUCAUCUGUAAUUUUCUUUUCUAGGAUUGAGCACGGAGGGUCUGUAUCGCGUCAGUGGAAACAAGACUGAUCAAGAUAAUAUACAGAAGCAGUUUGACCAAGGUGAGUUGUGAGUUUGCAGUAAUGUAGACUGUGUCUUUGCUGGCAGUAGUUUGGAUUGUUGUAUUAUGGGACAUCCUGGAGAACCCUUGACAUAGAGUUGCUGGUAUCUUCCUUAUUAAUAAAUAAAAUAAAAGUAAGCAUAGCACAGAUUAACAGGUAGAAUAAAAUCUAGUUAGUCUGCCCACCCAUCCCUGUAAGGGCAAGCAUUGUAGUGGGAUACUCUCUCACAGUGCAAUCAGAUUGUGCCCAUUUGUAUAUCACUUAUUUAUCUCUUGCAGUGAAGUCCAGAUGUUUCAUGUUAUGCUGAUCUGAAAUUUUCACCAGAGAUUGUUACAUACCGUAUAUACUCGAGUAUAAGCAGUUUUUUGUGCUGAAAACCCCCCACUCUGCUUAUACUCGAGUCAAGGUCUGUAUUAUGGCAACUUACAUUGCUAUAAUACAGACCAGGAGCCCGGCGGUCCUGUUGGGGGCUGACAGUGUGCUGUUACUUACCCUUCUCCUCCGUGCAGCUCCUCUGUCAGCUCCGUUCUGCUUACAGUGUAAGUCUCGCAAGACUUACAGCUCUCUGUCAGCCCCCCCACUGAACAGCCAAUACCACUGGACCACCAGGGAUUCAAUAUUAUUUUAAUAUUAUUUCAUUUUAAUAAUAAAAUAUUAUUAAAAUAAUAUAGUAUUAAAAUUAUAUUAUUAUUAUUUUAAUAGUUGCAUUAGGCCAGGGAGAGGGGACAAAAAAAAUCUUUAAAAAAAAUAAUGCAAAUAUUAAAAUAAUAAAAUAUUAUUAUUUUAUUAUUCUUUUAAUAAUAAUAUUUUAAUGUUUUUUUGUCCCCCCUCCCUGGCCAGGCAACAAGCAGGGAGGGGGGACAAAAAACAUUUAAAAAAAAAAAAUAAUGCAAAUAUUAUAAUAUAAUAAUAAAAUAUUAUUAAAAUAAUAUAUUAAAAUAAAAUUUUUUAAAUAAAGCUGCCCUCCCCUCACCCAGUUUACACACACUGCACAAACACACACUGCAUUCAUUAUAUAUACACACUCUGCAUUCAUUAUAUACACACAAACACACACUACAUUCAUUAUAUAUAUAUAUACACACACACAAACACACUCUGCAUUCAUUCUAUACACACACACUCUGCAUUCAUUCUAUACACACACAACACACAAACACACACUCUGCAUUCAUUCUAUACACACACACAAACACACUCUGCAUUCAUUCUAUACACACACACAAACACACUCUGCAUUCAUUCUAUACACACACACAAACACACUCUGCAUUCAUUCUAUACACACACAACACACACUCUGCCUUCAUUCUAUACACACACAACACACAAACACACACUCUGCAUUCAUUCUAUACACACACAAACACACACUGUAAAUAAAUAUUCAAUUAAUGUAAUUUUAUUGGGGUCUAAUUUUAUUUAGAAAUUUACCAGUAGCUGCUGCAUUUCCCACCUUAGGCUUAUACUCGAGUCAAUAAGUUUUCCCAGUUUUUUGUGGUAAAAUUAGGGGCCUCGGCUUAUAUUCGGGUCGGCUUAUACUCUAGUAUAUAGUGUAGUAGAAGAUGUAAAAUAUAUAUCCACAUACGGGGGGAAAAAAGUAUAUUUUCUUUUUACCAUGACCGCAUUCUUUGUAAAGUAACACUAUAGAAAUGCAAACAUAUAAUCCCGACACUAUAAUGUUAAACUAACUGCCUCUUCCCCUGGCCCCCUGAGGUGAAUCUAAAAAGGGGUUUAAACUCUCCUUUUCUUUCCAUGCCGCACAUGUCUUGGCAUGGCUGAAAUAAUCAAUCUUGAUGAUCUCCGCCAAUCCAAUGCUAUCCUAUAGGGUAGAAUUGGGAAGCUAUUGUGCAUUCUCAGGAGAAUGCCAUUCUGCGCCAAUCGGCAUCUCACUGAAUCAAUGCAUCUCUAUGGGGAACGUCUUCAUGCAGGGUGUGGAGACACUAAACAAAGGUACUGCACAAUUUGUCUAGGAAGCCCCUCUGAGUGACUGCACCUAGUGGUGGUAAUAGGCAGCAAUAUAAACACUGCCUUUUCUGUGAAAAGGAAGCGUUUACAGUGCUCAGCCUGGAGGGACAGGCUAUAGCCACCAGUACUUCUACAUUAAGUUGUAGCGAGUUUGGUGACUGUCACUUUAAAAAGCAUUUAGGCAAGACUAGUGACAAUAUUCAAUUUACAAACUUUAAAAGCACAAAAACACCAAAGUGGAACUGCUAGAAAAGAGAUUUUUGUUCCUCCUUACGUUGACAGACUACAUGUAAGCUGUAUAUUUAUUGCAGCUACAGAGGGUCAUUGAGUUGUGUCUGACCACCCUAACCCCAUCAGGUCCUAUAACUGUUACGAUAGAAGGGAUUUGCCUGGCACCUUGUAAUGAAGUGCAUAUCAUUUAUUCACAGGAAGAGUUGACUGCAUUAUAUUCUCUAAAGUGAUGUAUAUCAAAGGUUACCAUAAAGUGGCAUUCUGCUGAGAACUGCAAUGUCUCUGCGGAAGCAGAUGUGAUGGAUGUGUGGAUGGAUGAUGGAUGUGGGAGUGGGUCUUCCUAACUACCAUGUGUUAGAGUUCUGUGACAAGUGCGCUCAGAAUUGUACUUAUUUAACGGUGUUCCAUAGAGCAUAUAUGCCUCAGACAUGCCAUUUACAUUUUAAUUAGAGAAAUCCUUAAUCUCCAGCAUUUCAAUAGCCAUGAAGGAUAGCUCAACCUUCACAAAGCCAUGCCACGAAACUGAACGCUUUAAAAUAAAUUAUUAAACCAUACUUCCUACUUCAAAUGCCACUUCCUGCCUUGUUCUUAUAAAUGAUUGUCAAGCUGCACUUGUAGAACAUAAAUGUCCAAAAAUUAAAGCAAUAAAAGCAAUCUUGGUCCCAGUAAUAAAUGCAAUUACCAUAUUACUGAUAUAAAUGUAACACUAUACGAACAAUAUAUUAAAAUAACCAUUACAGCCCAUUAAAGGUUAUGGUGCCGGACAGCUAACAGCUGUUUAUAACGCGAAAUGCAUUCAUCAUCCAUGUAUUAUUUGCCCUGGGCAUCAACAACGGGCUUUAAUAUAACACUACAUGGUAUAAACUAUUUAACUGAAACCAAAGUAACUUUGUUUCAUUAUAAAGCAAGUAACACCUUGCUGUUCAGCCAAUGGAGGGCUGUAUUUCUGUUUCUAUAUUCUGUAGAUACAUCUAAGCAAGUAUUAAAGUUUAGAAAUGCUGCUAGAGUUGGGUGGAUAGGGAAUAAUAAGUCUGUGACCUCAUGCCUCAGUCUUUCUUGCCUCUCCUUUAUUGAGAUGAUUAGACAUUCCUCCCAGAUUUCUCAUGAAAUAAUUAACCCACGAAACACCUGCCAGUUCUCAGUCAAGGCUUGCAGAAAACAAGACCUUUGGCUGCAUUAGAGCCUCUAGCUAAAACAAAGCAUUUGCUGUUCCAAGUGCAGGCGAUGCUUUCAUUUUGGCAUGCCGAAAGUCAAAUGUUCUAGUUUACUGACCCAUCGUAUGCAGACAGAAUCCAUCACUUCCUUAAAAAACCCUUGUGUGCUAGAGUAAUAAUAUUUAUGUAGAGGAAGAGAACACUGCAAGCCUACAGCUGUUAUACACAUAGUCAUUAUGGAACUGAUGUUAAAAAAAAAAGUCUAUAAACAGGGAAUACGAUGAAAGGUAGGUUGGAAAUAAGCAGCACGUUGCAAUAAAUCAUUAGAGUACUAAAUGUUAUAUUGUGCAAAAAGAAGGAUGUUAUACACACACGCAUACGUGAUCCAUUGUGGAAUCUAUUGUGGUUGAGGCCAAAUACAAAACAUACUUUCUGGAGUAUAAACGCUGUUUGAAUUCAGCCACAGUAAAAUGUUAAAUAUUUAGCUGAAUUGUUUAACAAAUGUCUAAGCAGAGGUGUGUCUGUAGUUCAAGAGGUGGAAAGUCUGUUAUAUAUUUUGAACUAUUGUGCACCUUUACGUCAUUCCUACAUUUUAGUGGGUUUACCACCACCAACUUAUUUUCCAAAAUAUAUAAUGUUCCUUUUCUAACCUUAUGUUAUCGAGUCUGGUCCCGUUUUCCACCAUUCUUUUGGGUUGCGCUCAAUCUAAAAGUUUCUUAAAGUGGCAUGGUUACUCGCCCACCCCCUUUUAUUAUGCCCCUUGCCAUUAUUUAUAUUUAUUAACUUUUCUUACUUGAAUCGGAUCUUACCUGGGCAACAACCCUUUGUUCUCCUCUCUCCAUGAUGUCUGCAGUUUGCCCAUCUUGUGGCAAACUUUGCUUACUCUCUCUAUCCAUUGACCAGGAUCACGCUCCUGUAACAAAAAGUAGUCCCUAUAUUUUCUUAUGUAUAACCAAAAAAGUUAAUUUAAAUAAUAAAUAGGACAAAUGUUUAAAAGCAAACCUGCAAAGUGACAGCCACAUUGAAGAUUUGAUGUGAUGUUUGCAUUUCAGUGGUGCUCCGUUUUAAUAUUUAUGGAGCUUGUGAUUCGAAUAGUGGAUUUGUGCAAGUAGUUUAAUUUGUCAUGUAGAACCAAAACCAUUAUACCUAAAAUGCAUUCAGGAAGUUGGUAUUUAAUGUGAAUAGGCGUGGAGAACUAAAAUCGGUCAUUCCAUGACAUGCUUGUAUUAAUGUACUUGUUUUGAAUCUUACAGAUAACAAUUUAAAUCUGGCUUUGAUGGAGGUGAAUGUAAAUGCAGUGGCUGGUGCACUGAAGGCGUUUUUUGCAGACCUGCCUGCUCCAUUAAUCCCAUACUCUCUUCACCCGGACCUGCUAGAAGCCUCAAGUAAGUUAUGACAGUCACGGAGGCAUACUACUCAGAGCGUGCUAGUGAUUGCUUUUUGGGGGGGAAAGGGUUAUAAAUCAUAAAGUUCGCACUGGAUUGAAAUCAAUGGUUCAAACAAUCCUGCUUAACUCUAAAGUUAAAAAGCUGCCUCCACCAAGGCACUUUAUAAAAUGGUAAACCUUGGUUUCUCUGAGCAAAUUAGAUUAAACCCACAAACAUACAUUUGCAAAAUACGUUUAAAUCUGUCUCUUCAGGUUUGCAUGAGUAUGGCUGCCAGCCAAGUUUGGCUUCAGUGUUACAUCUCAUAAAAAGUGCUAAGCACAGGUACAGAUAGAAUCUAAAGCCUAACCCCAGAAUAGAUGUAUAUCUCAUGAUAUUACAACAGCAGAAGUCUCAUUGUCUGGGAGGGGGUUGAGUUUUAGUAUAGAUGACUGCUUCUGCAGGGAUUUUUGCUUGGUCAUAUGUUCAGUCUAGGGCAGCACUGGACUUAAUUUUUCUAAUGAAUGUAGGUCACGUUAUUACGCUCAUACAAUCUUAUGGAUUCCUUGAUUUUAAUUAAGGUGCCUGGAGACACUAGUCUAAUUGUGAUUAAUAUAAUAAAACAAGAGUACUAGUUUAUAGCUGCAUAACAUACCCUAUUCCUUUGUAUUGUGUGAAUAUGUGCAGAUAUUCUACAUUUAUUUUUCUUGCAUUAAUAAAAAUCCAGAAAGGCUACAGUAAUAUUGUGCCGGGGUGUUCAGACCUGUGCUAUCUAACUACCACUAAAAGGAACAUUAACACAACGUUGGAAUACAAACCUAUUUUCAAAAUCCCACCAUGUGCUAUAGAAAUAUAAAGGGUUUUACUUAGUCGAGGCUCCCUUGUUGCUGCUUCAUAUCUUCUUGUGACAUCAUGGUGGAAGCAUGGCUUCCUCCAGUGUGGUCUACUACAAUAUGCUUCUCCUAGAGAAGAUGGGCACAGUGAGUGUGUCCAAGGUUCCUAAUAGGAAAGCAUUGAAUCAGUGCUUUCUUAUGGGGGGCUGUAAUGUCACAUGACAGGAGCGAUUCCACUGGAGGAGUAUUUAACCGUUCAAGAAAAACAUUGUUUCUUCAAAAUGGCAAUAUUUUACCUUGAAUAGUUAAAAUAACAGGGCCACUGUACUCAGUUCACAUUAUUGAGAUAAGUGCCUUGGUGACUUUAGUGGUACUUUAAUUUGCCAGCAAAUGACUCGUCUAGCCUUUUCUAGCCAGUAGUUGGACCGUGUUUUUAAAUACUGAAAAACUGUGAGCCCUCCGUUUUAUUGCCCAACAUUUUGUCAUCAUUUUUAAUGCUUUCUUUGCUAGAGGAAAAGUUGUUUAAAAUACUACAAUGCUCAGUUAACAGGCCAAAUAAACUGGUUCUACUGUAUUUUACUUUUUAUUAACACAAUAUUCUGGGCACCAGACAGCUUCCUUGAAUUAAGUUAUGGUGCCCAAAAGUGUUAAAUCCAGCACCAAGUAGCUCUGCCCAUCUAGUUUCACUACUAAGACUUGAAAGUUCUUCGCCUGUCAGUUGCUCCCCGUUAAGAAAAUGGCUUGAGAACCACUUCUGUCGGAGGCUUGAAUCGGGAAGCCUUCAACUUUGAGUGUCGGCUCGCAUUCUCAACAGUAGCUCCCCAUUAACAAAAUGGCUUGAGAUAUGUAUUGCGAAUGAAGAGUUAUUGAGUGUCGGUAGCAGGAGAUGGGCAGAGCUGACUGGCACUAUAACAAAUCAAAAACAAAUGUAUAAUGAGCCCAAUAUUAAGCAAGAGCUUCUACCCCUCAUAUUAGGUUGGUAUUCAACGCAAUUUUAAUACAUUACAGAAAAUGGGGAUCUACUUACUCUAAUUUUGCCAGCAAUUAACUUAGUGUGUUCCAGUAUGUAAAGGGGAUGUAAAGCAAACUGUGCAUUAGCUGGUAGGUGUUUUUAUUUUGUGCAGUGGUAUGAUCUGGAUAGACACUGACUGUAAUAGCAAGCCCCAUACAUAGAGUCCAAACACACAUUAGUAAAUAAGUGUUUGCUGUAAACUUGAAUCCAGUCAGAUUGUCUCUUGGUGUACACACUACAUUAGGUCUAAACCACUUACCAUGUUUUAUUUAUAUAUAUAUAUAUAUAUAUAUAUAUAUAUAUAUAUAUAUAUAUAUAUAUAUAUAUAUAUAUAUAUAUAUAUGCACAUCCUAUACUAUUUAUCCUUUAAACUUGCUUAGGAUUGCCUGUAAAAACAAAAAAAAUGUGGAAAACAAUCACAAUAUAUUAGAUAUGUAAAGCCUAAAGGGAAGGGCCAUUCUUUAUUUAAAAAAAAAUAAAAAAAUAAAUAGAUACACAACCGAACUUUCUCGAGUAUGUGAAACGCAGUGACUGGGGCUUAGCAGUUUACAAUCUCUUAUAAACAGGGAACAUGUAAAUCUGUUUACCAAUUUGUGUUAGGAUAAUUACGAUGUGUGUAGUGUAUGGCAAAUCAUUACACCUUGUACUGCUUAUUCUAUAGAAAUUCUGGAUAAGGUGGAACGGCUACAAGUCCUGAAAGAUAUUUUGAGGAGCUUUCCUAUUGUCAAUUAUGAAGUCUUCAAGUUCAUUGUCGCUCAUCUGAACAGGUACACGUAUAUGUCACUCAUAAAAAAAAAUAAACAAGCACUAUGUUUGAAUGUAAUUUCUUUAAUAGAAUAACUGAUGUGCUCUAAGUAAGUAUUCAAAGACGUUCUUAUCUGAAGGCUCUCUCCUUUCUUGCAGGGUUAGUCAACAUAGCAAAACCAACCUCAUGACAGCGGACAACCUUUCUAUCUGCUUCUGGCCCACCUUGAUGCGCCCGGACUUUGAAAAUAAGGAGUUCUUCUCCACCACCAAGAAUCACCAGUCUGUCAUUGAAACCUUCAUUCUGCAGUGCCAGUUCUUCUUUUAUGAAGGUGACAUCGUAGAUUCGCCAAGUGUCACCAGUUCCCCUUCUGCCCAUCACUCUAGCCCUGGACCACUUAUGCCACCACUAGUUCCUCUUCCGUUACCUCCACCUCUUCAGCCACAGCUCGUCCAACCCCAUCUGCAGGCUGAUCCUCUGGGAAUCAUUUAACAAAGCCACAGCUACGUACUUUUAUUUUAUUUAAUAACCCCAGCUCCCACAGGACAGACAUUGGCAUGUGGAAUAGACUUCCCACCUGUAGUACUAUCUUAAUUCAGAUGGAUCGGAUUAUUUUUAGUUUGGUUUAUUUUAUUUUUUUUCUUCCCUUUUUCUGUUUGUAUUUUUUAACCCAUGGAAAUGUCUAGAAAGAGGUCUGUGGCAGGCCCCAUUUGUGAAUUUUGCUGCUGCAUGGAACUUCUAUAUAAAUACUAUAAUCUUCCCAAAUGGCACCAUUGUGUCGCAAAGAUACCUAUCAAUACAGAAGAUAAAAUACACAGAAGAAAGUCUUUUCUAUAGAAAAUCAAAUUAAAAUUACGGAAAUAAAUCACAUUUAUGAAGCUUAGAGUGCUUUCCCAGCCGUCUCAAGGCUGAGAUUUAUUUUGGUGUCAAAGCAUCUGUGGUGUGCGUAUGUGGGCAUGUAUGGGAAUGUGUGGGAGCCUGGCAGUGGGGUGGGUUAUGGAUUUUGUGUUAGCGGUGCUUGGAUUGGAGCUUAACUUGUAAAUGAUACAAAGUCAAAAAAAAUGUAUGUACAUAUAUAAAUGUUUACAUAUUUCAAGAAUAAACAUCCAUCCAUUAAAUCCAUGUUUUGUUUUACAUAGGGGGUGGCACCUGGAG